AUGGGAAGAUCACGCGAACACAAUUCUGUGAUCAAAUCGGCUGACGACUUCAGAGUCGAGACCUUUUUGGACAUUGAUUUAUCUGGUGAGUAGCAUGCAGAGAGGGCCAGAGGUAAUUAUACAGUAGAUGUGCUAACUCAUGAAAUGCUAACCGAAAUUCGGAAAUGCGUUUUAGACUCGAAAAUUGGCUACUUAAGUAGUAUGGGUUUUUAUCGUUGAUUGUCGAUGCCCCUACAAAUUCAAAUAUACUUAACAAAAAACGUACAUUAAAAUCCUCAUUAUUUCACUUCUCUGGUAGAAAAUUACGUCCUCUUUAAAGCUUAUACUUGGACGAAGUGUAUAACAUGGCAUUAAAAUGUUUAUAAAACCGUGAAAUGCCAGUUCAUAAGACAUCGUAUCUCUGUAUUUACUAAUGUCGCUUGUCGUUUAUAAUAUGGCUCAAAUUAAUUAAAUUAAAUAGACUUUACGAACCCAUCAUGGUUUCUUCCUAGAAGCGUGUAGAAAUGUAUGAUUUUUCGUACACGGAAACCUUAAAUAAAAGUGUAGUGGCAAGUUGGGUUCAAAAUUUUUCAGGAAUUUGAAAAGUUAUUAGAACCUCAUUGUACCCUUUGCUCAAGUAUAGACUCUGAAGAGGACGUAAUUUUCUACCAAUGAAAUGAAAUAAUGAAUAUUUUGAUGCACGUAUUUUUAUGAAAUAUAUUUGAAUUUACAAAGGCAUCGGAAAUCAACGAUAAAAAACCAAUACUAGUUAAUUAGUCGUUUUUGCAGAGUGUGGAUUUUGCAGACGGCCGGAAGGAAGUUCGUUCAAAAGCUGGCAUCCCAAAGUGUCUGAAAUAUCUCGGGAUUAUACUGCACGACAAUUAAUAUUACAACCCUACUUAAGUAAUCUCUUCGAUUCGAAAGCGCAUUUCAGAAUUCCGGUUAACAUUUCAUUAGUUAGUGCAUCUAUCGUAUGUUAAAUACAGCAGCAUUUACAAAGAUUGCACUUCUAUAAUAUUAUAUUUUUUCGUCAAAUCUCUCAGCGCACAUUUUCCUUGAAGUUCCUACGUUCUCAUGGGGAUAACUCCAUUAAAUUCCUAGAGCAGGUUUCUCAACUACAGAGUAAUGAUAAGAAAUGUUUAGGCUAAAUGUCUAAAAUAAAUUCAAAGUCAAAAAAGCCUAAUAAUCUGUGGUCUGACAAAUAAAUUUGUAAUUCCUGAAGAAAGAGGAGCCUGUUCUGUGCAUUCUCUUCACUAAACUGUUGAGUUUUCGGAUCUCUGACAAUAAAGACACAUUGCUGCAAGAGGUAUAUUUUUCAAUUUCACGAUGCCAUUUCUUUAGUUUACUGGGCUAAACAUGGGAUACGCAGUUAGUGAAUAAUCUUCAAGUCUUUGUUUGCUAAACUGAAUGCAAAAAGUGGUCGAUAAUGGGCUCCAAUGACGUUUUCCUCUAGACUUUGAGGUAUUGCGACAUUCUUAAGUUCCAUAAUGUUCUAUAAUGUCGCAACUCAGUUCUGAGGACGUUCAAAGUUAGCAUCUGCUGGGUUUGUUUUCUUGCAGACUUACUCGUUUUUACAUUCUUGCCAAAAUGACCUACUUUCUUUUAUAUUGUGAGUUCGCUUUCCUAUUUUAUCGGAGGGAUAAAAUGAAGGGUUAAUUUUAGACGAGGCUGAAUAUGAAGACAGUCAUAUGCUCGGCGGGUGCCUGGGAAGGCUCUUCCCAUCUGGUCUCAAAUCAGAGUUCAUCUCAUUGUCCAAACUCGCACUCCCUAUCGUAAGUAUUCCUACGACUGACAAAUAACUGUUUGUCUGUGCACUAACUGAUGCAAACAUUUCAUUUAGCUAUCGUCACAUCAAGUUUGAAUGAGUAGUAGCCAUUUUAUGGGGAGAAAAUGACAACAUCAUCUCUUUUUUCGUUAAGAAAAACACAAAGACAAUUUAAACAGUCCGCUGACAGAAGGCCGCGUUUAAUUCACUCUGCAAAUUCGUUUAACAAAGAACAAGCCUCAAUACACAUUAUGCUAAUAAAUAGGACUGAUAACCUCGAGUGCAUUUAUACGCCUACCCAGGUCCCAAACUCCAUCUCCUGGACAGGGAUAGCCUAGCACAGUUGUCUCAGGUAGAUAUGACACGCACCGCAUCGGCGGCCAGUAAGAGAACAAUUCGAAAGACGAAAUCACACUGCGUAUUGAUCGUUGUGACCUAACCCCACAACGGACAGCGCUAUAGAUGAUAUGAACAAAGGCCGGAAUAAGAUUUGCUCAAGCUACGCAUUGACCAGACCGCGUAGAGUUCGAACAAACCCAAAAUUACCACCGUACGUGGGAUAAGAGUGUCACUUCUAGAUGAAGGCCCUCACUCUGCGUCCGCCACUGCACCUAAUUCCACCACCAGCCGGUUGACAGGUUCGAAGGGUAGGCCUGUGCAUUAGAGCGGCAGGAGAAAAAGAACGGGUAGGGUUAAGGACGGAAAAUUCCAUUCCCACUGUAUAUCAAUGUAUCUUUCACGAUGCUCUGAAACUCGGGGUCUGAAAGGCUGACAACUGACGGGCUAACCCGACCACACUCAGGACUCAGAUCCAAGCUGAAAUGUUUUCUGCCAAAUAUUACUACUCAGACAUUCUCGGGCAUCCCAGGUCUACAGUAGUUUGGCUAACUCAUGAAAUGUCAACCGAAAUUCCGAAAUGCGUUUUCGUUCAGUAAAGAUUAAUUAAGUAGGGUUGUAAAAGUGGUCAGCCUGAAACAUAAUUCUAUAAUAUUUCAGUUACCUCAGGAUGCCGGCUUACGAAUCAACUUCCUUCCGGCUGCAUACAAAAACCAUACUCUGUAAAAAAAGACUACUUAAGUAGCAUGAAUGUUUACCAUUGAUUUUCAAUGCCCUUAAAAAGUAAAUUAUAUUUCACAGAGAACAUUUAAAAAAACAUUCAUUCUUUUGCUCUUUCGGUAGAAAACUACAUCUGCUUCCAAUUUUACACUCGAACGAGGGAAAUAAUUCGGUUUUAAAAAGUUUCUUAUUGUGGGACUUUUAAAUACCGUGAAGUGGCCGUUCAUAAAUCGUCAUGUCCCUGCAUUUGCCAGUGUGUCCUGUAAAGUUAACAAUAUGCAUCAAAUCCAAUGCUAAAUUUUAUGAACUCCAUAUGGUCCCCUUCUUGUUACUGUAGAGAAAUGUGUGGUUUUCCGUACGCGGAAAAUAUACGGCUUGUAACUUUGAAACCCUGAAUCCAAGUGUAACGGUAGAACUGGUUCAAAAUUAUUCGGGAAUUGGAAAAGUUAUUUAAAACCGAAUUAUACCCUGCCUUCGCUCGUAAGAUUGGAAGAAGACGUUAUUUCCUGCCAAAUGAGCAAAAGAAUGAAUAUUUUUAUAUAUGUUUUCCAUGAAAUAUAAUUGGACUUUUAGGAGCAUCGAAAAUCAACAAGAAAAAUUCAUGAUAAUUAAGUAGUCAUUUUUACAGAGUGUAGUUAUGGCAUGGAGCCGGAAGGAGGUACAUUCGAAAGCCGGCAUCCUGAUGUAACUGAAAUAUUCGAGAUUUAUGUUGCAGGCUGGCUACUUUUACAACUCUACCUAAUUAAUCUUUUCGGAACGAAAACGCAUUUCGGAAUUUCGGUUGACAUUUCAUGAGUUAGCCCAUCUACUCCAGGUUACCCUUAUAAAAGUCCAACAUAUAUAUAGUCGACACUAGGUAGCGUGUUGUACGCGAAAGCGGGCUGUUUAACCUUGGUAUCCAACGCGCUCAAGUCCACCUCCUGUCGCCCUGACAUUAUCUUGCCAUUAUAACAGGAUGGGUUUAGAGGAAGGAGCAGAGUUGACGCUGCACAAAUCUUCUCCUGUAAAAACUAUUCUACUGCAAGAAAGCGUCCUUCGGCCAUUCCAUGGGGCAUUGGAUGGACGUCGUUCGCGGCCGUCAAACUGUCCUAUGGUAUCUCCAGGAUUGAACAAUGCUACAACUUGCUAUGUUAACCACAAUCAAUAGGGUGUACGCAAACUAUCUGACUAGUUAGAAAGUAGUCAUUUUUUUACUUUUUGAUAGUGCUCUGGUGAAAGGCUCAUUUUUGUAUUCUCUAUCAUGGCAUAUCCUUUUUUAGAUGACUACUAUCAUUGCAACCAACACCAUGGAUACAGUCAGCUUAAUUUUUUGCGCGCGUCUUGGGGAUACCCAGUUUGCUGCAGUCGGAUUGGCCAAUUCGAUUUUCAGCAUCACUGGAUUGGCUGUCAUGUAUGGCCUGCUGACUGCGUGUGACACAUUUUUUACGCAGGUAAGAUGAGCAUACUUUCUACGCUCUUACCCAUUCUUUUCCCGAUGUAGCAGACCUUUAGUUCCAUAAGUGCUAACUGAUCUCAAAAUGUCCAAAAUACUCAGAGAGGUUUUGAUGGAAACGAUGUUUCUACAUCUAAUUAAACGCAACUGUAACGAUCUGCGAUAAUCUGCAGAACAGAUCUCGAAGAUCUUUACCCAAAAUCCCAGCAGUCUCACUUCAUACGUAGCAGUGUUUAUACAACAAAUGAAAGCAAAUGGAGACUUGUACAGAUAAUUCGCAUCCCGAAUCAAACGUUAGACCAAAAAUAGGUGGACUUGUGGCGGUCAAGAAGGUGAGAUCAACUUAAACCACGAACAAUAAUUUCGUUUCGUCUAUUGCCAGAAAUCAGGGAGCUGUGAGGACUAGUUUAUUCUGCACACAGGGCAGGUUGCCGUAAGUUGGCUGUUUGCUUGCAACAGGGAUAAGCGUCCGUUCACGGAGAGCGUCAGUCGCGGUGGGGGUGACUGGGCGAGUGCCGGCCAUGAGAUUGGACGGAUUAGGGGAACGCAUUAUCACAGGAGCUCAUGGGUAUCAGUCCAGGUCGUCCGACGCGCGUGAGGUGAUAAUAGUUUGUGAGGGCAGCCGGGAGUCACUGCAGCUGGACAGGAGGGGCCCCAGUUCUAGCCGGCGGGGGUGGUCGUGUGUCAACGGCCUGUUAACACUUGUCGCGGCCAUCGACCGACAAAAGGGAGCCGGAGAAAAGGGGGGCUGGAGCGGCAGUUACAGGCUUAGUCUUCGGGAGUAUUCAAUAUGGGCAUUGUAAUGCGAUAUAAUUGUAUUACUUUAUAACUAGUAGUAAAACGCACAAAGUCUAACGUUUGAAUAAGGUUGUCGUAUUCAAGUGGCCUAUGUAGUGACCGAAACAGUCAACAGAAAGGUAUGACCCUCUACGAAGGUUUAACUGGAAUCCAGUUGGAACACUUUUUGGCGGACAAGAUGUUCACUUAAUGCAACCUCAGAAGUCAAAAUGGAACUGUCUGGAGUGAAAGAUACACAGUUAUUAAAGUUGCAAAGAAGACAAACGCGUGAUCACUGGAACAGUACGUGCACUAGUCGGAGCUUUCGGUCUCGUACAGGAGACCAUCGUCAGAGGCUGAGAAUGCGGCGUCAAAUGAGAAGUUUUUGUAGUCGCCCCAAGAAGGGGGUAGGAGUGCAGGGGGUGGUGUUCGCGAUAGGCCUGAGUCAACGCCAUCUCACGGCGGCGUGACUGCGUGCACCCUUGGCUGGGAAUUGGGUCUCUACUCCCGGCCGCGGGAACGGAGCGCGUGAUAGCAGGGGGGUAUUUCAACGUGUCUGUUGAUAGAGUUGAUGUCAGACCCCCAGGCUUCCAACAGUUCUCGCCCUGUCUUAUUGCUGGCCCGCGCCAUUAUCCGCGUGCUCGCAAAGUUGAAUUCGUGGCCUUCCUCCAGGGUGUGAAUGGCGACCUGAGGCAACGGGUCGCCUCUCCGGACCGCCCAUUUAUGCUCCGCUAAUCGUGAGCUAAGUCGCCGUCCGGUCUGUCCUGUGUAGUGGCGAGGGCAGUCCCGGUAACAAGAACCUAGGACUCGCAUAAUAGCUUCCACCCACGAACAAUUUCCCUCGACACAAUGAAGGCGAAUUAAAGGUCAUAGUCAUGUUGCUCCAAUGAUUUCGACUUUUGAAAACCGGACUCCGGCUGCAACUGGGGUUCGCUAGCCAAGCCUGGAGACCAUGGACCACCAAGGACCUCAGCAUUUUCGAAAAAGUUCGAAGGCGUGCAACGAAAUCUGCGACUGGACAGGGCUCACUCUCCUAUGAAGUACAAUUAUCUAGUCUCGAUCUCUUCCCUUUGAGUCAGAAACAACUACGAGGUGACAUGAUACAAACACUCCGCCCCAUGCCCGCUCAGAAAUGCAAUUGGAGACUGCUCCUAAACAGCAACCACAUCAAACCCAAAAGUCUAUCCUUUCAAACUACACGUGACUGAAGUCACUAUGCAUUCGCAGAAGUUCUUUUACUCCAACAGAGUAGUUGAAUAUCUGAAUGGUCUCUCUACGGAUGUCGUUAUGUCCUCAUACGCAGGGGCUUUUAAGGGGAAGCUAGGUCAGUAUAACGUUUCGUGCCAUAAUGCUCUCUGACCGGCGCCGUCUUUAAGUCUUAUGUCAACAGUUUAUCACAACUUCGAAAUCACUAUACAUGCUUCGAUAAUGCUGAAACUCAUCGUUCACAGCGAUCAAGCUAGCACACCGCUUUACGCAUUUACUAAAAGUACUCUGACGUGAACGGCAGUUGGCUUUUUUAAACUCCUUUUUGCUUAACUCAACUUUAGACAUAUGGCAGCACUAACAAACAGAACAUGGGCAUACACCUUCAAAGGGGUAAGUGUUAUGGAUUUCGUUGUUUGUGUGCAGAAGUCUACUAAUUGUUAAUUACUUUCGUCUGGGGGAAUUUUGGUGGAAUUAUCUACAGAUUUCGCGUUCUGUAGACUACCAGUUAAAAAUCGGCAUUGUCAUUCAUUUCUGCUUGUCAAUGGGCAACAGUUCUUACCGUUACAGGGUCAGCAUAGGCGUUUGUUCAGGACACAUGUUGAAGAAUGCAAAGAGCUCAACUUUUAAAUGAGUUGUGUCUGUCAACUUUGACCACACACGACAGUUGGACCGCCGUAUCUGACGAUCUCCACCGUGUUUUUCACAACAAGGUGAGGCUGGGACGGGGACUUGUGCGUGAGUUAGUUUAUAGUGAUGGUAGACUUGCACAGCAUCUACCGCACCCUAUUUCCACUCCACACCUGGACCCGGUGUCAAGACAGAGUCAAGAAGACCGGAAGCAGGGGAGGGCGCAGGUGGAUGGCGCGGUCGAGCCCGCACCUUGGCGGCCCAGUCCACACCCCCUAGUCCACCGGGGCGGCAAGGUUCCCGGUGUGCGCGACGUCUGCCGGUUGCCGAUUCUGCCGUCGCACCCCGAAAUGUUGGCCUUUCUUAUGGUGCACAAUUCCGAUAACGCCAGAAUCCGGUAUGGCCCCCGUGUUGGUCCAGCGCAUCUACAGUGCAUGGCCGAUCUCAUGGAAUGUUGGCCAAAAUUCUGAAAUGCGUUUUUAAUUAGGAAGAAUUACUUAAGUGGGGCUGUAAUACCGAUUAUCUUGCACCAUAAUCCUAUAAUAUUUCGGACUCGGUAGGAUGUUAGCUUUUGAAUGCACUGCUUUUUAAUCUUUUGUACAAACCGUACUUGGGAAGCAAUUACUACUUAAGUAACAUGCAUUUUUCACACUGGUUUAUAGAAAACACGAACAAAAAUAUGCUUUCUUUCAGCCCUUUGGUAGUGAAUCACGUCAUGUUUAUUUUUUGUACUCGAAAAAGGCGUAAAAUUAGGCUUUAAAAACGCUUUCUAAUUGCCGAAUAAUUUUGGGCCUAAUCAGCCGUUGCAUUAGCGCUUAGUGAUUUCAGUCUACAAGGUGCAUGAGUUCCGCGUAGAGAAAGUCACACAUUCUUCUAUGCCUUUAAGAAGAUACUAUAUAGGUUCCAUAAAAUUUUGCAAUUCAUGCGGACCAUGUUGUACAUGUCAGGAGGAGCAGUAGUAAACGGAGAAGUACAAUUCUGUAUAAAUGGACAUUGCACGGUCUUAAAAAUCUCAUAAUUAGAAACUUUUUUAAAACCUAAUUAUAGUUCCUCUUCGAGUAUAAAAUAUGAAGAUGACGUGAUUCGCUAUCAAACGGCUGCAAGAAAGCAUAUUUUUGUUCGGGCUUUCUAUAAAAUAUAUUUGAAUUUGCGAGAUCAUCGAAAAUCAAUAGGAAAAAUGCAUGCUACUUAAGUAGUCAUUCUUUACCGAGUACGUACUCUAUAGGAGAUUGAUAAUCAGUGAAUUAAAAAGCUAACAUCCAACCGAGUCCGAAAUAUUAUAGGAUUAUGGUGCAAGAUAAUCAGUAUUGCAGUCUCACCUAAGUAAUCCUUCCUAAUCAAAAACGCAUUUCAGAAUUUCAGCCAACAUUUAAUGAGAUCGGUCACGCCCAUUUGGAGGCACUAACAUACACUGAGUUCGUCCCGUCUUUUGUCAGAAGUCACAGAGUUCGAGAACCGAUUUAUUCUACACACAGGGCAGGUUGUCGUGAUUUGUGUUUUUGCUUUCGUGUCACAACAAAGCCUCCGUUCGGUGGCGCAUAGGGGACGGUGUAUGGUUUUCUUGAGUCUGACGUGUCUGUUCCACCAUGAGCAAGUGACUGGCUACAUGUCGGACACGUGAUCAGUUAGUACAUGGGCUGAAUAGUACGAGCACGACCACUAGGGCCCAGGGAUGACGGAUGACGCCUGUUUGCGGUCGACGCGCGUGAGAUGGUGGGGGAGGCGCAGUUGCGACUCAGCACAGCUGGAUUAUAGGUGCUUCAGACUGUAGCGGGCAGCCAUCAGGAUCGGUCUGGCGUCAUUGUUCGAGACAUCGCUGCCUCAAGGUCAUUCAGCCCUUAGCAGUGAGCCGUUCCAGACGCACUGACCUGAAGUCACACGACCAACAGCUCGGGCAUACCUGCGUCCGCACAGCCGCAGCCGCCCACGUGCCGCCCCCUGCAACCAGCAAAACAAACCACUGGAGAUCACUUGAGCUUGGCCCUCGAGCCUACAAAAACGGCUGCCACCACUGUCCCAAGGGCUCUCAGGCAUGACUGAACGCAGUCAACACCAGCCCUGGCUUCGCCAGUGGCCACUGCCGUCUGAGAGGACAACUCUGGGUUUUAUGUGCAUUAGAGCCCACAUUCUGUCUUCUGUCCAUCAUUUUCAGCGGGACGACUGAGUGGUAUUCGCGGACUGUCAGUAGACAGUCAGUAAUGGACAAAUACUGAAUUCUGCACCAUACUGGCAGUAAAUGUACUAACUAAAAACCCAAACACUUGUUUCUCUGAUUUUCCGCUGUUGCAUUCGGAACCUGUGGUGGAUUCGGCUCACCAGUCACUGAGAAGUAUGUUCGCAUAUUAAUUUCUGAGGAACUUUAGAAGCUCAUCGCUGAAGUUGAAGUAUGUAGGAGAAAACAAGAGGGGAAUGCCUCGGACCCAGUGCUGAGCCGAACCCCUCACACCUACUUCCCACAGAGGCUGAAAAUUGGCAAAACUCACAUGCCUGAACUAACGGCCAGUACCUCUGCUAUCAGCAUGGUGAAGUAUUCAACACUUAUAUACUACUGGAUGCCUAUUGGUAGGUUGUGAAUAUUACUCGGCUAUUCCGUCACAGUUGACGGAUUUCAGCCAACUUAUUCAUAUCAACAUUCGGUCUUAGAGUAAAAUGGUCUGUCUCGAAGUAUUUACUCCAAGUUAUCGCACUUAGGUCUGAGGACGUCACAAAAGCUUAUUGAAAUGAUCCGGUUAGGAUUCGAAAUGUAAGCCCAGUAAGAAAAUAAGACCCAGAGACUCCUGAAAUACGGAAAUUUUUUUAGCAUUGGUCAAUAGAAACGAAGAGACGAGUCCCAGGAAGUGGUCUUGAAGAAGGAGACACGAUCGCCGGGACAAGAGCUUUAUUAGCCUGACGUUUCGGAUUCCUACUCAAAUCCAUCAUCAGAGACAAAAAAGCAGAAACGGGUGGUUGUUGCACAAGGGGCUGCGGUAUUAUUUAUAUUUAUUUAGAUAAAUACCGCAGCCCCUUGUGCAACAACCACCCGUUUCUGCUUUUUUGUCUCUGAUGAUGAAUUCGAGUAGGAAUCCGAAACGUCAGGCUAAUAAAGCUCUUGUCCCGGCGAUCGUGUCUCCUUCUUCAAGUUAGCAUUAGUUUUAUCAUUAGGGCAGGUGGGGGCGGCAGUUAACAGAAUCUGAGAGAGACAUUGAGAAAACCAGCAUUCCCGUCAUAUGUUUGUUUUAUUACCCGUAAAGUUGAGAGAGCGGGUUUUUCCAUUUGAAAGGCUUACCAGAACAGGUUUUUUGAGAGAUGAUGACGUUUCGAAGAGCUUAGCCGGCUCACUAUUGUCAAUGCGUAAAAUGCACAUAAUCGGAAAGAAAAGGGAGUGGUAUGCUACUCUGGUCGGCCUCAUGCUGAUCGUUUUUACGCCUCUUUCACUGCCUUGGCCAUUCGGGUGAUGUUUGACGGGUUAUUCGGCUGCGUGCUUUGUGAGUCACCAACUCGUGGGGUUGCUCAGAUUUUAUUACUCCAACAAGGUAUCGGCACAGGCUGCGCAAAUAGAAAUACGCGAAUUAGGGGGCGUGUAAGUUGGCAGAAAACAGGUAAUCUAAGACUUCUGCCGUCUGCUCCAAAUACAUCUGUUUGGCUUACUUUGAUAUGACAUAUUGGUUAAGGAACGCCGAAUUGUAUAAGUUGGUAGGUGGCAGGCAAAAUUAACCCCAAUUCUAACCCUUUCCGUAGCCGUAAUGUUCUGCCUAACCGUCGCAGCUGACGGAUUGCAGCUGAAGUACUCAUAUCAACAUUCGGCCCGGGGGUAAAACGGCUUGUCCCGAAGCCUCUACUCCAAGUGAGCGUAUUUAUCUGUGAGAACGUUAAAAGGGUUGUCAAAAAGAUCCGGUGAGGAUUCGAUAUGUAGGCCCAGUCAGCAAAUAAGACCCAGAGACUCCUGAAAUACGGUAAAAAUGUUAACAUUAGUUUUAUCAUUAGGGCAGUUGGGGACGCAGUUAACAGAAUCUGCAUGAAACAUUGAGAAAGCUUGCAUUUCCCUCAUACUUUUGCUUUAUUACCGGUAAAGCUGAGAACUAAGAAGGGCCCGCCCGAACAAGUUUUUUGAGAUGAUGACGUUUCGGAGAGCUUAGUCGUCUCACCGUUGUCAAAGUGUAAAAUGCACUUAAUCGAAAAGAAAAAGAAGUAGUAUGCCACGUUGGUCAACCACAUACUGAUCGAUUUUCCCUUCUCUCGCGACCUUGGCCUUUCGGGUGAUUUUUGGCGAUUGCGGAGCCCCUGUCGGGGUUGACCAUAUUUUAUUGCUGCAACGAGGUACCGGGACAGACUGCGCAGAUAGAAAUACGCGACUUAGGGGUAAUCCAAGACUCCUGUUUUCUGCUUGAUUUGAUAUGACAUAUUGGUUAAAGAACACCGAAUUGUGUAAAAUGGUAGAUGGCAGGCAAAAUUGACCCUCAUUGUAACCCUUUACCUAGCCGUAAUGUUUUACUUAACCCUAGCCAUAAGCCUAGCCUUAACCGCAAAUUAACGUGUGUUAAUGAUAGGUCGUGUAACCCCCCUGGGUUCAGUAUGUAUAAGUAACUACCAUAUGUGUUUUAGAAAGCCUUCUUUUGUUUAUUAAUCUCUAGCUACGGGAAAUCCCCCUUUGUGUGUUAUCUAACACCUGGAUAUGGCCGCAUGCACCGAGUAGUUUCAGUAUGAUAUUUUGGUCGGAUGUGGUUUGGGAGCCCCAUCUGAAGUAAACAAAGCCCAGUCAGCUCUAAUACGGGACCGGUAGUAAUAGGGGUUUUUACAGUUGGAGCCGGGGAACGCACAGGCGACGAGGUCAAGAAGUUGUAUGCAAAAUAAAAGCUAUUGGAAAUGCGCGGUUGUACGUUGAGUGGUUGAGAAAUAGUUGCGCUAACCCCUAACUGUAAGCCCUAGUCCUGAGCCCCAACCCCUAACUCUAAUCUUCAACCCUAACCCGUAACCCUAAACCCUAACUAUAACCCCUAAACCUUAACCCCAACCCCGACAGUUCGACUAUCGGUUUCGAUGAUGUCCACCGUGUACCCCACAGACUGCAUUGUGGGAGCAGGGACGGUGACUUACGCAGGGGUUUAUAGUGCCAGUAGACUUGCGUAGCAUCUACCUACACUCUCUCCUCCUCCCUCGCCUGAGCCCGGUGUCAAGACCAAGUCAAGAAGACCGGAGACGGGGGAGGCCGCAGGUGGAUGGCUCGGACAGAUCCUCGCCUUGGCGCUCCACUCCGCACCCCUGGUCCACACACCAAGACCAGGAUUUUGACCACAAAACAAUGGGGUGAUGGCAGUGGUCCAGUUGUGCGACGAUUGCCGACAACAGGGUCUGCCAGCGCACCCCGUAGAUGUUGGCAUUUGUUAUUGCGCACAGAUAACGCCUGCCAGAUUCCGACGUGGCCCCCGUGUUGGUCCAGCGCAUCUAACACGUGGCCCGUUUAGAGGGCACAACUCCAACCCCAACAGUAUUGCGCCAUCAGGUUGGGCUACCAAACCACAUCUUACCUACUUCUUUAGUGGUAAAUUAUCUGGCAUGAUGUUCGCGCUUCCCUUCCCCAUAACCCCUGUGUCUUACCUUGAUUACGUAGUUUUCCCAAUGUACUUGCAUUGCUUUUCGUUGUCGAUUCUCUACGCCGUGACUUACUUAUUUCUUCCGGAAGAGUAGCUAAAGCUUUUUGUGCCAUGUCGGUACUCACCAUACCGUACGUGCUGCAAGGACCGCCGGCCGCGUUUUGGUUUAUUUCUCUCGGUUAGAACACAAACGCUCUGCUUACUCGAUAUAUCUGAAUGGUUUCUGUUGUCGAACGCGUGCACCCCAUUUACUUAUUCCUUUAGGAGUACUUGUGCAUAUUGCCUUUCAUAAGCAAUCAUAUGACAGUUAAAUUUGUUGAAGAGAUGGGGUUACGCAACCUACCAUCGCCUAACCCUAAUACAACAUGCUUACCUAAUUCAAAUACACAGGCAUAUUAUAGUAAUAUAAAAGUAAGGUUUGCAUAUUCAACCGUCGCCGAGGAGCGCGUGUGUAUAUCCAGUUGUUUCGUUUAGUAAGGAAAUCAUUAAGUAUAAUUAGGCCGCCCUCCAAACGGGCCACGUGUUAGAUGCGCUGGACCAACACGGGGGCCACGUCGGAAUCUGGCAGGCGUUAUCUGUGCGCAAUAACAAAUGCCAACAUCUACGGGGUGCGCUGGCAGACCCUGUUGUCGGCAAUCGUCGCACAACUGGACCACUGCCAUCACCCCAUUGUUUUGUGGUCAAAAUCCUGGUCUUGGUGUGUGGACCAGGGGUGCGGAGUGGAGCGCCAAGGCGAGGAUCCGUCCGAGCCAUCCACCGGCGGCCUCCCCCGUCUCCGGUCUUCUUGACUUGGUCUUGACACCGGGCUCAGGCGGGGGAGGAGGAGAGAGUGUAGGUAGAUGCUACGCAAGUCUACUGGCACUAUAAACCCCUGCGUAAGUCACCGUCCCUGCUCCCACCGCUGCUGCAGCUGUGGGGCACACGGCGGACAUCAUCGAAAUCGAUGGUCGAACUGGCGUGUGAAGUAUAAUUAGGAGAGUUGGUGUAGAGACAUGACCGCCAGGAAUGUGCGACUUGCUGCUGGCUGCCUAAUACACGCGUGUGUAGACUUCAGUCGUGAGGGCUAACGACCUAGAACGCGCCGAGCGGAUGCGCAAAACCUGCUUGGGACGCACGACGGUGGGAGUUUGACGAAGAAGGAACGAGAACGGCAAGGAAGUGUGCUCGUUAGCAGCCCCAGACUCCUAUCGACUUGCCUGAAAAAGGUGAGUAACGAAUAAGCUACCGAGCCAUGAACUACUGCAUUGCGAUUCCGCUUUGUUCAGUGACAUUUGGGCCGUCGAGUCCAAAGACGUUUAUCUUGUGCUGCAAAACAAGGUGAAGCAGGCACGGUGACUUACGCACGAAGUAUUUUAUAAUGAGAAUGCACUUACAGUGCGUGACCGAUCACAUGAAAUGUUGGCGAAAAUUCUGGAAUGCGUUUCCGAUUAGGAAGGAUUACUUAAGUGGGGUUGUUAUACUGAUUAUUGUGCGGCGUAACCUUAUAACACUUCGGACUCGCCAGGUAGUCAGUUGUUGAAUGCACUUCGUUUUGAUCUCCUGCAGAAAUCAUACUCGGUGAAAAAUGACUACUUAAGUAGCAUGCAUUUUUCCUAUUGUUUUUCCAUGGUCUUAUAAAUUCAAAUAUAUUUCAUAGAGAACAUGCAUAAAAAUAUGCUUUCUUUUGCUCAUUUGGUAGAGAAUCACAUUGUCUUCAUAUUUUCUGCCAGAAGAAAGUGUUUAUUUAGGUUUUCAAAAAGUUUCUAAUUAUGAGAUUUUUGAGACCGUGCGAUGUCCAUGCAUGCAAGACCGCUCAUGUCCGUUUACUAAUGCUCCUCAUGAAAUGUACAACAUAGUCCAGAUCCAUUGCAAAAUAUCAUUAACUCAAUGUAAUAUCUUCUUAAAGGCUUAGAGGAAUAUAUGAUUUUCCUUACGCGGAAAGCAUGCACCUUGUAGACUCAAAUUACUAAACGCUGAUGCAAUGGCAGAUCAGGCUGGAAAUUAUUCGGGAAUAUGGAAACUUUUUUAAAACCAAAAUAUACACUUUCUUCGGGCAGAAAAUAUGAAGACAAUGUGAUUCUCUACCAAAUGAGCAAAAGAAAGCAUAUUUUUGUGCAUGUUCUCUUUGAAAUAUAUUUGAAUUUAUAAGACCGUCGAAAAUCAAUAGGAAAACUGCAUGCUACUUAAGCAGUCAUUUUUUACCGAGUGUGGUGUUUGCAAGAGGUCAAAAAGAGGUGCAUUUAAAAGCCGAGUCCGAAAUGUUAUAAGGUUACGCCGCACAAUAAUCAGUAUAACAACCCCACUUAAGGAAUCCUUCCUAAUCGGAAACGCAUUCCAGAAUUUUCGCCAACAUUUCAUGAGAUCGGUCACGCACUGUACGCAGCAUCUACCAUGCCUUCUCCUCCCCCCACAUGGGCCCGGUGACAAGACACAGUCAAGAAGACCGGAGUCGGGAGAGGGCGCAGGUGCCUGCUACGGCCGAACUCGCACCUAGGCGUACCACCAUACCCCUGGUACAGGAUUUGAUUCCCGUCUAUAUUGUCGAGUUUGCCACAAUUUUGUCAGUCAAAUCACUCAAGUAUGCCAAAAUACCCAUUUAAAAUGGAGUCUGGUACCUAUCUUUUUGAUCCUACAUCGAUUGCACAAAAACUUGCUCGGGUAAUCGAUCUGUUGUAAUAGAAAUUAUGGGUUCAGUGUGUUGCAGUAGGUCGAACGAGUAAUUUGCUCCAAUUUGGAAAGUUCAGGGCUCAUGGUCGACAUCGUAACUCAGGUGGCUGGGGUGCUCGCACAACGGCGAUUUGUCCGUAUAUUAAGUUACAAUUAUAUAGACACACGCGUCAUUUGCUUCACUCUCUCAUCCCAAAUGCAAAUAAUCAGGGUAACUGGGGAUGGAUACGAACGCAGCGGUGACUGAUGAAACGGAUGUCAUUUCUAAGCUUGCCAACAACGCACUGGCUCCCUAGGGCCAUAGGAAUUGAUCUUCAGCCGUGGAAUAUCGGACGGUUCAUUGAUGGAGGUUUCGUAAAUCCAAAAUUGAGAAACAACGAGAACUGUUCACUUGAAUAACUGCACAAAUUUAUCCCACUUUAGCCGCAUACAUCUGCCUCUGCUGCUGCUUCUUCUGUUGGGGAGUACAUCUUUCCGUCGAACCUCUGCUUCUGGCCAUGAAACAAAACCCGGAGGUUUCUAAGUACGCCCUGUUUUGUGUUAAUAACUACCGGGGAUGGUACUUGGUCUUUCCUUAGAUAAGGUAUUCCAGAGGGUAUAAUAUAAAAUUUCUCAUCCAACUUACUGAGUCAGAGAUCGAACAGUUAUCGAGUUUUUAACCGAAAAAAGUGUAUUCAUUCAUUCCUUUGCUAACAAUUUUUCUAAAAAUCAACAAAUUUUCAGUCAAGGGGAAGGAAUCAUACUUACGCAUUAGAAACCGGCGGUAGUGGUUGCCAUGAAAGCAUUUCUUCUUUCGAUAUUUUGGUUAAAGCGAGGCAUAGCAGCUCACGGUGCGAUCUGUGCCUGCUUAUUGUGGAUACUUCAGUUUGCUGUGCUAUAACUUUAUUGCGCAUCUAAACUAGCGUUUUGGACCCUCUCGGCAUGUGCCACAAACGGCCUAGUCGCCAGUGCAUGCACCAGGUUUUCAUUAAGCCGGAUAGGACCUCGUGCCAGUGAAAAUGUUUUGACCCGACUAGAAGGUGGAAUAGAAAGAGAGCCGGUUCGGAAAACAAGCGCAUUAUUGGCAGCCUGCGAACAUGGAGGUUUUUCAUUUAUCUAAACUCGCCUUAUUUAUUUAGUCCCCUAAGCGGUUUGGAAUAUUCAGUCCUCUCGCAUGCUAACUCGUGACGAGCGUUCCAGAAACUUCCGGCCUGUCGCGUUCCGGUCGGCGAUUGGUCGGUUCGUGCGCGAGAUUCCCUUGUGAGAAAGUGUCGAUCGAUUGGCCGCACACGUGAGCAAAGGUAACACGCGUGCUCCAUUCUGCGGCGGACGCUAAUUGGCUGUCCGCGGCCGGCUUGGCUUGCUGCACGGCGCGUGCUUGCGUCGUCGUUUCGCCAUAGGCCGUGGCUCCGCACCUUUUGCGCCCUGCGCAACAGAGAACAACAAAAACACGGAGUCAAUGAAACCAUUGCGUCCUGACUAUUAGUCCUCCAGUCGUCCCAAAAUACCAUGAGCGCUGAUUCAUUCUGUCGGUUGACAGGCACUCAAGCCAAGAAUAUUAGAGCGUGACGGCAGUUUCAAAAUCGUCAGGUUUUGUUAUAGUGAUGUGCCGUAGGGAUUGAUUCGCCAGUGUCGGCCUCACCCACUCCCUCGCCAAAGCACUAAUCCGGACCUGUGAAGCAGAUUAUGAUUGGAUUGGGCGCAGUGGUUGACGCGGCAUGGGAGUCUGCGGCUAAGGCGUUCCACCACACACCUCCUAUAUGCAACAGUAGUUAUGGGCCCACGUGGACUCCGUACAGCUCGAUAAUUGCAUGUCCAGAAUGGUCGGGGAUGCUCACCGAUCGUUCUUACAGAACUCACUCGUUCCGUUGUACCUUAUGGACUCUCUCUCUCGAGCCCAACGAACAGUCGUACAGCAGCGCAUGAUAUAAGUAGAAUGGCAUUACCGACAAAGAUAAGGGAGACUGGAAUGGCCAUUUCUGGCUUAUUAACCGUCGUCAGCCAGUCAUACCCAACUCCGAAGUGUGGAACACCCGAGGCUCGAACUGACGAGCCCGUUUCCCCCCUACCAUUGUAUAUUCCCGAUCGAAAACCCACAGGGCAACGGGCUCGUGGCUCAGUGGUUAGAGGUGUUGGACUUCUAACUAACAGGUCGCCAGUUCGAGCCUCGGGUGUUCCACACUUAGGAGUGGGGCAUGACUGGCUGACGACGGUUAAUAAGCCAGAAAUGGCCGUUCCAGUCUCCCUUGUCUUUGUCGGUAAUACCAUUCUGCAUGUCCAGAGUCAGUCUUAACGUCGAUUUAAUUCAGCGAAGUUGCAGCAUAAAUAGUUUUGAGGUUUAGGAUUGCUGUCCACUGGCAUAUGCCGUGCCCAAAACGGAAGUCAAAUAGACAGACUCGGCAAGACACUAUUUACCUUGAUGGAAUGCACAGCUGGCUGCUAUCGGGUGUCGGGAAGAAUGUGCAACCUUAAAAGGUAAUGAGUAACUCUAAGACCGUGUGUCCAACUCACUAAUCCACAUACAGUCUUAGGACUGCAUUAGGACUGUCAAAGCUGCCUUCAAAAAAGAUAAGUGACGUGGGCGUGGGAUUGCCGAUGCUUGCGUACAAGACGGAAUUUUCAGAUGUGCGUCUGCGUAAGACUCAACCCCACGAAAACUGCCUACUCCAAGUUUAUGUUGUUCUGUCGUUGGGCCUGGAAACCCGACGUUUUCAUGUAGAGAUCCCUGCGUAGUUAGCUUCUCCAAAACAAAUCCCAUUUAGAGGACGCUUUGUCCUCUCCUACGGAAUGAACCCAACCUCGCAAAUUCACACAUCACGCCCGGUAGCUGAACAGUGUAAGUCGCCUUGCAUGGGUUCCCGUAGGAGUUGGUGUUCUCCCCUCGGUGGCGGCCCGUGGGUUCAACAGAGUGAAAUGUGCUUAGUUAUCUUUCAGGAUUCAAGCUUAAUUCCGAGUAACUUCCUUCCAUAAAUCCGGCUUUGUUUUCGUGGACAUUUUCAUAUUAGUGGAAUUUUUUACCUGCCGAACCCUUUGCGCAUCUCCCUCCCUCCACUUCCCUUUAUUUCAGGUUGGCCGCCGAGUACCUUCUUUACGAAAUGCCCACUCUUUUGGUAAGACCCACUUCCCAUCUCCAAAAUUUCGUUCCUUCUAGUUCGCUGCCUGGUACAAACUUCUGCUAAAGUACAUCCAAGCACAGGUAAUUGGACUUUGAGCAAUGUUUCGUUUUAAAUUCCAUCAUUUACUGCCUUCCUUUUGUACUUUAUUGUUACCCUAGUGCGGAAAUAAUUAAGCUUACCAGAAAGAAAAGAGCAUCUUAACAUUCUUAGUAGACCUAUAUUUGGUUAGUGAAAGGCCGCCGCAAAUAUUAACCGCAUAUUGUAGAUAGAGGAGGAAACUAAAAUAACGAGCAUCUUUUUACAAAAAGAAUUUUGAUCUGUUAUAAAUAAUUUAAAAGGUUGUUAUUCAGGGGGUUUUCAGAGGGCCACUAUUAUGACAUUUAAAAGAUGCGGAAGAGAAGUACGAAUUAACUUUAUAAACCGGCAACUGAUCGCAUUCAAGUAUAUCCAGUCUUCUGCCUUCGGACACGUAAUGACUACUUAGCAUCAUGAAAUGUAAAGUCUGGAUCAAGCGUUUUUGUUUGCUAAAAUUACCGUCAGUAAGCUUAGCGUAGUUAAGUGAAGCGACUAGCAAUUCCGGUACACUAUCACUGCCACCCGAUUUAUUUCUCUUUAAGAACAUCGUUAUUGCUCCGAUGGUCAUUGCGAUAACCGGCAAUGGAGCGAAUGCCCUGUUUCACUACCUUCUGCUCUUCCACACAGGUCUUGGCAUCAGGUAAGCUUCCAGGUAAAGUGAAAGAUUCAGUCGCCUGCAAACAAAUGCUGUUACAGUUAGGUCAAGCAGACUCCUAUUCGAGAAACCCUGUAGGUUCUACUGAAAAUAAAAGUCUCUCCUCCAACUUUUCGCCGCUGCUAGGGCGCGCGUUUGGAUUUGGCAAUUUAAGACGUCAUCUUGACAGAUCGCGAUGGAGAACCAGUGCAGGCGCUGGAUUGAUCUAACCUGAAACCGACUCAGUAACAGAGCGGACGGAUGAGUGCAAUCGUGUAAACUAAAUUUUGGCACAUAAGAAUCCUAAAUAGUCGCGUACAGGAAAAAUGAAGUUGAAAUUGAAUAGUUCUUAUGUGCGUUACAUGGAAUAAACAUUGCGACGUCAGAAUUUGGGUAGGGAGAUGGUACUCCCUUAUCUGCACAUAUUUGUAUAUGUCGUUAAUAGAAGUGAAUAAGCGCGUCCCCCGAAUGAGAGGUGAAGGCGAUCUUGAGAGCAAUAGUUGCAAUGUCCUGAUGCUUCGUAAGCAGACAAAUUUCCAUAAAGGGAGGUGAAUGUCAUACGAGGCCUUACAUUAAUUAUGGAGGAUGAUGGGCAAGAGGAACUCAAGGAUACUCACUUCCGACGAUGGAAGCUUGUUUGCUAUUUGAACGUCGGAGCAAUCCAAUCAUGCUUCCUGUGAUCGUGUUUUCUUCUGAAAUAUAUACAGUAGUUAGGCUAACUCAUGAAGUGUCAACCGAAAGUCCGAAAUGUGUUUUCGUUUUGAAAAGAUUGAUUAAGUAGGUUUGUAAAACUCAUCAUCGCGAAGCGUAAUACUAUAAUAAUUCAGUUACCUCAGGAUGCCAGCUUUCGAACAAAUUUCUUUUUGACUGCAUGCAAAAGCUAAACACUGUAACAAAAAAUGGCUACUCAAGUAGCAUAUAUUUUUCUUAUCGAUUACCGAUGACCUUAAGCAUUGAAUUAUAUUUCACGGAAAAAUGCAUAAAAAGAUUCAAUCUAUUGCUCAUUCGGUAGAAAAUGAUGUCUUCUUCUAGUUUUAUACUAAGUAGAAAGGUAUAAUACGGUUUUCAAAAACUUCUCCAAUUCCCGAAUACUUUUGAACCGGACCUGUCGUUACACUUGUAGUCAGGGCUUCCAAACUACAAGCCGUAUAUUUUCUUUAUGCGGAAAACCAUAUAUUUCUCUACAGUAUUUAAAGGAGACCAUAUAGGGUUCAUAAAAUUUAUCAGGGAAUUUGAGCCAUAUUGUUAAAGUUACAUGACAAAUUGGUAAAUGCAGAGACAUGACGUUUUAUGAACGACCAUUUCACGGUAUUAAAAAUCCAAGUUAUAAACAUUUUUAAAGCAGAAUCAUACGGUGCCAUUGAGCGUUAAGUUGGAAGAAGACGCCAUUUUCCACCGAAUGAGCAAAAGAAUGGAUAUUUUUAUGCAUGUGUUCUAUGAAAUACGAUUGAAUGUUUAAGAGCAUCGAAAAUCAACUAGAAAAGUGCAUGCCAAUUAAGUAGUCAUUUUUUAAAGAGUAUGGUUUUUGUAUGAAGCCGGCAAGAAGUUCAUUCGAAGACCGGCAUCCUGAGUUAACUGAAUUAUUACAGUAUUUCGCUACAUGAUGAUUCGUUUUACAACCCUACUUAAUUAAUAUUUUCGAAACCAAAACGCAUUUCGUAAUUUCAGUUGACAUUUCAUGAGAUAGCUCACAUACUCUAUGUAAUAAAAGCGAAGAUGAGAGCCUCCGGACAUGAAUUAAAAGAAUAGGUAAUCUUGGGAGCCGUAAUUUAAUUUCCCCGAUGCUUCAUUAGCAGACAAGCCUCCAUCGUCGGAUGUAAAAAUUGUACCAUUACGCCCAGUAUGCAUAGUGUGUGACGGCAAUGUUUACACAACGUCACUUCUGCGGGUUUAUCUUAACAGUGUACGCUGAAGAGUGGCCGUGAUGGGGAAUCUUUAUUCGACUUUGGCUCUCAUCGUACAGGGGUCGUUUCUGUAGUGGCGGAGGGGAAAGGAGGGUGACUGCUGUCAGUGUGCGUGUCUCUCUUGGAGAGGAGGUGGCGUUUGGACGUUGGUGGUCAUUAACCGUAUCCUCGAUGAUCUCAGCUGCCGCCCUGAGUUGCUUGCAUGGCUUGCGUCUGUUCGACUGCCGGGACAGCGGUUGAUGCAACAGUACUGAUGCCUUCGUCGAGCUCGGAUAGUGAUAUGGGUACGUGGGUGUUCGUCGUAGGUUCGUGCGUGUUUGGACUCCUGUCUGACUUUACUUCGCGCUUGCUAGUUCAUUGGUUGUGCUGCGUCCGAAAGACGACACAAAGCUCGACUGAGGUAAUCUCCGUAUGCCAGUCCUCGCGGUCAUUUUCUCGAUCCAGAAUUUCGACAUUUUGGAAGGCGAAUGCGUUUCCAGAGCCUGAGCAGUGUUCCGCUACAAGAGACAAUGAUUCCCUUUCCUCCACUCUCGCAUGCGUUUGUUUAACAAGGGUCUGUACUCGUUUGCCCGUCUCACCGGCGUAUUUAACUUAGCAGGAGCUACAACGGACCCGAUGGAUGACGUUUGUCGUUUCGCCUAAUGGCAGGGGGCCCUACGUCUCAGGACUAGAUGUCAAAUGGACAGCGGCGCGCGAUAGAGGCGGAAUAGGCUUGGUAGUCAUCAGGUGGAUUCUAGAUGGAAUACAUAGGAAAUCCUGCUUGGGUAGUCAGCCUACUGAAUCAGAUUUGGUGGAUUCCAGACGUUGAAGUAGGUUUGGCGGGUAACUUGACCCAACCGUGACUAAACUCACUAAAACCUCCCCUUGCUGUUGAGGAAUCAAGUUCCACAAAGUUUUUUCACAGUUGGGUCAAAAUAAAUCAUUCGAAAUCUGCCAAAACACCUAUUUAGGCAUUGCAAACAUACUCGGUAGUAAUUGGCAGGACGAAAAACCUGUGGGGCAAUGGAUAGGGCGCUCGACUUCUAACCAAUAGGUCGCGAGUUCGGGCCAGGGAUUGCAUAACUCAGGGUCGGAUAUAACUCGCCGCUGAUAGCCGAUAAGCCCGAAAUGACAAUUCCAAACCCCUUUCGUUCGUCUGCAGUGUUAUUCUGUCUACAUGUUUAUGCACAUACGCAUACAAGUGAUUCAGAAUCCGUCUUUAUAGAAGAUCGGGUGAAAACACUGAAAAUCACGAAGUACUCAGCAAUAUUUCGAGGCCUAUCUGAAACUCAACGUAAUCCAAAACAAACGAGAAGUGUAAAUUAAUUUAACGGAAGAAAAGUUCUCUCUAUAAACACAAAAUAGUAUGUUUACGAUCAGGCCUGUUAGCUCUAUUUAAAUUUAUUAGGCGCCGACCGGUUUGUUCCUACGACGUCCCUAUCGGUGAAAUCAAGCAAAAUGAAGCUUUUCUUGUUGAACCCCAUCUCAUUUACACCAAAGAAAUAAAAUUCGAAACAAAACACUUGAAAACUCUUUUGGAAUCUACACUCGGAAUGUAGGCAGUUGACAAACCGUCACAUAUGAAAUCACUCUACUUAUUAAACGAUACUUAGAUGUAAACUUCACUAAAACACUGUUAUUAGACGUUAUUUUACAUCUGCUUUCAUAUUUACUACGUUUUUGGUGUGAGAAUACAUUUUAUAUAUCUAAAAACGGACUUUCCUUAAUUAGAGCCAUUUCUGACGUUUUUGGGAUAUUGCGCUUUUCAAAAUAAAUCGGCAUUUCUAAACAACGCAACACUGCCUUUAAUAUUUCUUUAAUGUUUUUAAUUCUUUUAAACUUGCACUUAAUUAACAUAGAAAUCGGACUCAUGAAAUGGUAUCGGUUUGCGAGUGAUUGGCAAUCAUUCGUAAAUUUCGAUACAUUUCAUGAGUUAGGUCACUAACUGUACAGCACUUUCAUCCUCGUGAUUGAAUUUACAAGUGUUCUGUCUUAUAAACUCUAAUCUCGGUAGGUUUUCUACGUGCUUUUUAGGGGAUCGGCAAUUUCUCAGUCAUUGAGUUUUAUUUUGGCCUCACUGUUGUGCAUUGCCUACCUCUACUUCUCCAAGUCCUUCGCCACCACCUGGGGAGGUGAGAAGUUUUCUUACAUCCCACAUCCUUUUCAAAACUCCAUCCUCCUCCUCCUCCUCCUCCUCCUCCUCCUCCUCCUCCUCCUUUAACUGCCAAUACCUAAACAAAUUCCCACUCGCUCUUCGAGAUCGUAGAAUUAACUUACGGGCAGUUGCAAGCGAUCUACUUCCUCUAAGUACUAAUGGCGGUUCAGAUAGUAUUUACGCUAUCGGACAACAACAACAACCCAAGUCCGCAAACUGUAAACAUGACGGUUGUGAUUGGUUUCAGGUCCCCAAGUCACAGUUGACACGGGAUUACUUCUGUAGGCUACCACAACUAUUGCGGCCUUCGGCGGCACCCCGUAGCAGGUGAUUUUGCCUAGUUAUAAGUCUUGCCCAUAUGGACCGACUUUGGGCCAUAGCACUAUGGACGUGUUAGUGUGACCUUGACGCCACCCAUCAGCGACCAGUUAAAUAGCCAAUCAAAUUCACGAUCCUUUAUGGGUGCAAAUCACCCUCAAAACACGUGCAAGAAAAUACCCGCGAAUGGACCUCAAUACUGCGGGCCUCCAUUUCACCAAAACAUGCUCAGGUUACGCAUGAGAAAUAGCCUCCUUGUUAGCAUAAAGCUUCGGUGACUUGGCCACAGUAGCUGAGCUGACGCGGACGAGCCCUAGUUCGGAGAGGAAGCUGUGAGACACCAAUAGGAGGACUUAUUUCUGCACGAAAGACCAAACAUGUCUCCACAAAGAGUGCCCGGCAGGUACGCCAAACAGGAUGCGAGUAUGUGGGCAAACCACCUGUCGCGGUUGAAUAACCGCGCGUUGUGGGAACGCUGUGCAUGUACAGUCGAGCUAGCCUUCAAACAUUUGUAUGUAACUUGACAACAGAUAUCUGAGGCAAACACCUGAGGCGGGAUUGUGAGCUACUGAAGUUCCGUCUGAUCUGAUUUUGAGCAGCGGCGUCAUAAGUUCCCUGGAUGCGUAGGCUGUCCCCCUUCCCCGACGUAUUCGUCGGUUAUUUGAUUCCGAAAUCCACCCUUAUUCUUUCUCAAGUCAAAGUCGAACAGGCCAAACCGUCAGAUGACUUGCACCAUACGUCUUUGUCGAGGGCACAGUCUUGCACACCCAAUGCAAGAUUCGCUCACUAGUUUAAAACGCCUGGUGUUAAGCUAAAAGAAGUUAAAUGUUACUUAACGUUAUUAAUCUUCAACCACUCCCAAAUUUCAUACUGCCAUUUUGUAAUUACAAUGAGAAGAGGUUUUCACCGGGAGGGGUUUAUUGGAGGUCCAACGUUUCGCGUAGUUGAUUCGUCUACCCCUCUUCAGAGACUGGAACGUCCUACGUACAGCUCCCCUCAUAUGGCGCACUUUGUUCAAUGCGUGACCCGCAAUGCCGCCUGUGUGGCUGCAUCCAACGCGCAUGUCGCCGUGAACUAAAUCGUCCCCCCCGGCCGCGGAGAUGACCGACGGCCCGAUUGUCCCGCGCCGUAAUUGUCCCCCGCUAAGAAGGUUCAUAUAUAAAGCGAGCUGUGCGCAGGACAUUCCAGUCUCUGAAGCUGGGUAGACGAAUCAACUACUCGAAACGUCGGACCCCCAAUAAACCUCACCCGGUGAACGCCUCUUCUCCUUUUAAUAGGCCACCUGGGAAUCGCAUUACCACUACUAACAAUGACUUGCCUAUUAGGAACUCACUUAGUCGUGCAUUGUUCAUCCACUUUUAAUCGUUGCCUAUUUGAGUGCAUUUGUUUCCUGUAUAUAAACCUUUGAUUUGGACAAAUCUUGAUUAGUUUUGAAUAUUUACCCUUCUCCUUCCCUGACAUUUGCGACAGAAUCACCUCUAAUAUGCAAAAGGGGGUUAGCAGGUGAAACGUACCAGAUUCAACGAAGAUAAUUCUUAAAGUAGAUAAAAAAAGUAAAAACCAUAUUAACGCAAUUUAAGUGUCCUGAUCUAUCAGAUAAUCACAAAACAUAAACCUAUACAACUUGAAAACAAACGAUAAGGUCUCACGCAAUAACACAGCGGAAAUGCUGCGUGCCUGCUGCAUAAAGGAGAACUGGUCCAGAAGGUCCAUAGACAAUUACUAUUUGUUAAGAUACUUAUGAUCGUGGCUCUAAACCUAAGUAGGUCGGCCUCAGAUAUCUCAGUUACAUAGAAGUCAUUGCUAUGUCAUAGCUAUUAGACCCUUGAGUGCAUUAUUUAGGUAGCCAUCACUAUCCAGCUGCCUGUCUACGAUAAGCAGAACGCUUAUUCAGGCCACGAUGACUGGAAUGACGUGUAAACGAACCAUGCACAAGCCUAACAGUCCCUGUUUCGUCCGAUUAGAUUCCCCUGGUAGGGGGUGGGGGGCUUUACAACUGGAAAUGAGGAAUGCAAGCUGCCUAAACAAAAUCCAUGGCCACAGGUUAGACUACGGAGCAGCUAGUACUGUCUUGGCACAUGCCUGCCUAUGCGUGUAAUGCAACGGAGGAUAAUUUUUAAAUUACAUCAGGCUAUUUAAACAAAAUAUGUAGCAAAUUUUGUAAAAAUGCGUUGCAGUAGGGGCGUUUAAAUAUUUUGAGCUUACCAUGUUUUCUUGGCCAUUUGAACUUUUUAUAAUUUGUGACCAAGGUGGUUUACUGUAGGUCAGUGUACAUUCCGUGUGUGAAUUUAUUUAAAUGUAGACUCGACACGUAACCGGCCACACAUGCAUCCACAUAACCAACUGUCGAACUUAUACAUUCAUAGAUGUUCUGCCAGAUUUGGAAUAAUUCAUAUUGACUCAACUGGGAAAAACUCGGUGCUUCUUAGCUCAUGUGGCUGAACUAAAGCCUACCCUUGGCUGUCGUGAGCUUGAAUACCACCAAGGCGCCGGGAGUCCCACAUUUGGGCCAGCAUGAACUUAUAUAUGUGUAAAAUACUUGCAUUGAGUGAGUGAACGUCAGCGUUUACCUUGUUUACUCAUAAUUGACUGUCUGAUUUUCGCAUGCAGUUAUGCAAACAAUCUCCCUCCCAAUUUUCCACUUAUUGGUGCUUUUUCUUUGACAACAUGCAACCAAUAGGGAGUUCAAAGGCAUUCGCCUAUCUUUUCCCUAAUAACACUGAAGGAACCGUUUUAAGCCUAUAUUUAUACGCCAGAAAUUACUUUUGGCUCAUCAUUGCAAUUUUCGAUUUGCGUUGAUCUGGGCUUUUUUAUUUCCAGGCUACAGAAGGGAGAUGUGGCAGGACUGGAAACUGUGGUUUAGGCUUGCCAUCGCAGGACUUUUCAUGCUGGCCAUGAAGUGGUGGAUAUUCUGUGCAGGAACAAUCCUUAGUGGUAAUAAUUUUGCAAACUAAGCGUGCCACCUAACACUAAAAAUAACCACGUAGGCAUGUCUUCCGCAGUUAUGACUUUUCUAAUUUACAGAAAGCCCUAUGUAAACAAAAAAUGGGUAGUUUGUAGUAAUCACAGUCCGACAACGGCUCAGUGGCCACUUUGUUGAUUUAGAGGUCUUGAUCGAACAGUAGGUGGGCUGACUCAUAAAAUGUCAACAGAAAUUCCGAAAUGCGUUUUUUGUGAACAGAUUAAUCAAGUAGGGUUAUAAAAACUAGUCAUCGCAAGGCGUAAAUCCAUAAUAAUUCAUUUAACACAGGAGUUCUGCUUUCGAACGAAAGUCUUUCCGGUUGCAUGUAAAAAAUAUACUCUGUAAAAAUGACUACUCAAGUAGCAUGCAUUUUUGUCAUUGAUUUUCGACGCCCAUAAACAUUCAAUUAUAUUUCAUGGAAAACGUGCAUAAAAAUAUUCAUUCUGCUGCUCAUUCGGUAGCAAUUGACGUUUUCUUCAAAUUUUAUACUCGAAGAAAGGGUAUAUUAUGGUUUUCAAAAACGUCUCCAAUGCCCAACCAAUUUUGAACCCGAACUGCCGUUACACUUGCAUUCGGGGAAAACUAUAAAUUUCUUUACGGCAUUAAGAGGAGACCAUAUGGGGUUCAUUAAACUUUAACCGUGGAUUUGAGCCAUAUUGUUAACUUUACAAGCCCCAUUGGUAAAUGCAGAGACAUGACGUUUUAUGAACGACAAUUCCACGGUAUUAAAAUCUCGCAAUUGGGAAUUUUUUCAAAACGAAAUUAUACCCUUUCUUUGCGUAUAAAAUUAGGAAAAGACCUCAUUUUCUACCGAAUCAGCAAUAGAAUCAAUAUUUGUAUUUAUGUUUUCUAUGAAAUAUGAUUGAAUGUUUAGGGGCAUCGUAAAUCAAUGAGAAAAAUGUAUGCUAGAUGAGUAAUCACUUUUACAGAGUAUAUUUUUUGCAUGCAACCGGGAAGAAGGUUAUUCGAAGGCUGGCACCCGGAAGUAACUGAAAUAUUAUAGAACAACUAGCUGGGCCCGGCCACGCGUUGCUGUGGCUCAGGUUGAUUCAAAAUCUCUGUUGGAUAAUUAACCUGCCUCGUCUGCUUCUGCAACUGUAUCGACGGACGUGUAUGUGACUGCCCCCGCUUUGAAUCUUAGACGUAAUCAUGUGGUAAUGAUGGUACACGUCUUUGUUUUUGGUCACAAGAAUGGCUCGCUCGCACAAUCAGCAGUGAUUGUUGAAAAUGGUCUGAAUAGUGGGAAACACCUUUUCAAUCAACUCCUCUUUUGACGACACUAAAUUGUCGAGGCUAAGACGUAAGGAAAUACUUCUUGUAUUGGGAUCAGUGGACACCGUUGCAUUCCCGAUUGCCAGCAAUUACUAUGACAAUACCUCAGUUGAUCGGUAGUUUUGCAGCUGUACACGCAUAUUUGUAGUUACUUUUACCGUCUGGAUUUGGCGCCACAGAGAAAAGUGUUUCAGACGCAUUUAUUUCGUCUGCUGUUGCCGAUGGAGGAAUUACAGGCAGUGUCUGCCCGAAGUCUCCUGCAAGCAAUAGCAGUAAUGUCUCCAAAUGGUCUGCUCUUUCCACGCACAUCUUGCAGUGUUCGAUCGAGAGCCUCGCCCGUUUUUUUGCUCACGGCGCAAAUCCACAUCUAACGAAACAGAAGAAGGCCGGUUUGAUGAGGACAUUCCCGGUUGAUUAGGAAUUGUUUUCGGAAUUUCUUACGUACAUAUCCACAAUCACUAUUAACGCCUCGGUGUAGAUUCCUGCUGUGAAAUCCGCAUUUGGAAUUUUCCCUGCGUAGUCGACGGACGAUAUCCUCAGCCAUGUGCAUUUUAUAUUUUUCCCACAAAUUUGUUGGAGAUGAAGUAGAGCAGGCGGUCAGUAAGAAUGCAAACAAUGAGCGAAUUCGAUGUGGAUGGGACGUGCUGCACGCAACACUAAUACAUGCAUCCCGGUAUGGGUAGUUUUCCAAUAAAUUGAGGGCCUGGCAUGCAAUGCGGAAAGUGGCGUGCGUAACACCGUUGACAGAUUUCAACUACUGUAAGGACGUUGAACCGGACACAUUCACCAACACCGUGCGGAGUAAGAACCAUUCGUCCUGAUUGGGAUGCACGCGGUGCAGUCUGCCUACCUGGGUGUCCUUCCACUCGCUCUCCUCGUUUGCGUCGUACAAAAGAUUUUCUGCACGCAUUCCCUGUGUAAUAUGUAGGUACUUUCGAAUACGGCAGGGUUUUUACAAUCGCGUCAGUUUGGCUGAACGGGAAGAACGCAGUUAGUGUGUUGCCGGUGGUCUGUUGCACAUUUGCAUCGGUAAAGUAAACGCCAUUGCCCACCUGGACUUGCAUAUGGAUGGGGAAUGAAAGAAUUCGCCACACGGAUUUGUUGCCCUUGACGCAUCUCCCAGCCCAAUACUGCGCGAUUUCAUCGAGUUGUAUGCCCGCAUCCCUUUCUCUCCUUUCGUUUUGCAGGCUGAAAAAGGCCAUGUCGCUGCCUUUAUUCACGUACCUACAAAUGUACCUAAUUCCUUUCCCGCAAUUGCAGUUUUUCACGUUCAUGUGAGCUGCGUUUGCUUUGAAAAGCAAAGGCGAGUACAAAACAGCCCAGCGGUUACCGACUUCUAAGUCACCGAUUCGCAUUCGUACGGUUGCCAACUUGCCGAAAUCUUCCACUGAUCUUAUUCGGUAUAAGGGCCUUCCGUCUAUCAUGCCGGGGGAGGGGGGGGGGCUUGGAGAAUAGGGAUUCAAUGCAUCCAAGGUCCAUGUAGCAUAUUCUUCGUCACAACUUCAUGCAACGCAUUGUCGACGUCGGCAUCAGGUAAUUCAGCGCAUAUGGCAUCGUCGAUUUCGUUCGAAGUGAUCUUGUUAUUGAGUCAGAUCACUACAUGUGCAUGGGGCAGUCCCCUCUUUUGCCGUUCCACCUAAUACAUCCAGCAGCGCACAGGCCCAAACACCUCGUGUUUCACUAUGAAGUUCAUCAACGAUUGCAGUUUCUUCCUGAAAACACGUGCUGUGAUGUCAUACCCAUCCACCGACGAUUACCCAGGAAGUCAGAGCUAUUGAAUAUCGCCCAAACUGGAUUACAUCGAAAGGUAACGAGUAGGUCUGGACGCCCCGUACUGACAAACGUAAGCAAUUGCACCUCGAGCGUACUCGGACAUAUGGCGUGGACUCUCUGUGCAUGUGGACGACAAAAGCGUUAGUCUUACAACGUUAUCUGUAUUACCGUCGUUUACAAAUGCAUCAUGCAAAGGAAUGUAUCCUUCAGAGCGCAGCUUGGUCUGAUUUAAGCGAAUGAAAGCAGGCGUUCAGUUUCGAUGUUUGCAUACAUAUCCACAAUGCAAUUAUGAAGCAAUUUACGGCAUUUCAAAAGGGGAUUACUUACAUUCUGUCGUAUAGGAGUAGUGGUUUACUGCGCUGCCUUUCAUGUGCGUUACCUCGUCACUGACUGGAUUUAUCAUCUUAAUGUUCAAGUGAUAUCCAUCGGUACCAUCCCAAUAAGUAAAUGAAUGUUGCGUUGGAAUCGGUCUCCGACUGCCGGUAUAUAUGGUAUCCCCUCACCCUAAAAUCGUUAACCUUCCAACGGUUGUUGGCGUACCGUCGUUUACAACAGCAACAGACUGCGUGAAUGCUGAGCACGGAGUCGUGUUUGACGCUGGUCUGCUGUUCCGCGCUGGCGCCAUUCGGCCACUCCCAGCUGGCUGUGUUCAUCCUGUUGCUGAACGAAGCAGGCCUGAAGCUGCAGAACGCAGUAGCCGUGACCGCAACCGGGCUUCCGCAAGCCGAGCUGCACAAUACUGAGCGGACACUGGACGACAGCCCCAUUAUGUGUGUUGAGCCGGGGAGGGGAGUGUCGGGUGUUAAUUGCAUCCAGUCCUCACCCCCAAGAAUCCCCGAGGCGGCGGUGACGGCCCUAUUAUAUGGACUGCGGGACAAUUUUAAGUGGCGUCCAAGUGUUGCGUGUUUUUUUGCUGCAGGGUGGGUGGUUUGCUCUGGCGGCCCAUAUUGCAUCGGCCCAGAGAAGGUGGAGGGCCUGCUCAAGUGCCUGCAGGGUGGGUGGUGGGGUGAGCGCGGCUGUCGGGCGGAGCCCGUGCGUUUGAGCGAAUGUCGGUCAAGUGGCCGCUGUCUGGGCGCACAUGUGUCCGCGCGGAUGUAGGUCAAGUGGACGCAGCAGGUGGUGUUGUUAUGCCGGAAAAAAUUUGGUUUUUUACCCAUCACAGGCAUACCAUCGGCAUAAUUACACAACUGAGCAGACAAAAACCCGGCCCUAUGCGCGGGUCGGGUUGUGUCCAAAUUUCAGCGAAAUCGGUGCAGUACUUUCGGAGAUUAGAUAUAACACAGAAAAAAAACCCUUCCAUUUUUAUAUAUAUAGAUGCUGCAUGAUGUGUGGUUUCACAACCCUACUUAAUUAAUCAGUUCGAAGUGAAAAGGAAUUUCUUAAUUUCGGUUGACAUUUCGUGAGUUGGCCUACCUACGGUAGAUAGUUUCAGUGGAAGUCAUCAACCGUGAAUGCUACCUAAAAUUUCCAAAUAAUUCCGAACCAAACAUUCUGUUUUAAUGGAACUCAAAUAGUUAAAACUACGAGAUGUACACUUCCUAUACAUACAUUUGUUUUUGCCACCAAGAGUGUAUGAUAUAAGACUCACAAUUUUGCGAUUAAUAUAGAUUACGUUUUAUGUUCCAUAAAGGGCAUAAAUAAACUGGCUAGUUCAGUAGACAUUUAUCAGUGUUUCACAAGCUCACAGUUAUAGAUCUCUUUAAACUGACAUCAACUUUUCUUCGAGUUUAACAUUUUAAGAAGAAUUCAUGAAAUGAUGUUUCUGUGCUCGUCUUUCUUGGAAUAUUUUCGAAUUUUUAAGGGUAUCAAAGCCCGACGCACCAUGAUCUGUUUUGUUGUUUUAUCCUACAUUUUAUCCAUCAGCACCUUAAAGACUAUCUGAAUACAUUUGUAACAUGCAUAAGUGUAAAAUUUAAAGUCAUUUUCUGUUUAUUUCUCCGCCCACUUUUCAGGUGUCGUUGGGAAGAUAGAGCUCAGGGCCCAAAUCAUUGUCAUAUCAAUUGACUCCUUCAUUUUCACAGCGGUAGCACUACUUUUCUUUCACCCUUAUUUCAUUCUGUUAUUCCCAGGAGAGAUUUUUCUGUCUAAUUAGCUCAACCAGAUGUAGUGGAAUGCACAUUUUGACAAUGCCGGAAUAUUUUACCAGUCGGGUUUUGUGAAACACGCGUACUACUUGGUAGAUAGAAGCGUAAAUCAUUAAAGAACCCGUCCACCAGAACAGCGAGCUCAGAUCUCAUGUUAUCUCGUAAUUCCCUAUCUGUGUAGAGUUAAUCCCGUUUUUCGGGCGAAAAUGGGUCAAAGACGUUUCGAACCAAUCAGCGGAUCGAUCAUAUCGCUCAACCCGAGCAGUGAACGAUCUUCCCAUUACAGCAAUACUAUAGUCUCACUGAGAAGUGAAAAGGACCAUAUUCCCGUAUGUGUUUGGGAUAUGGCUGAUCGGUAUUGACAACUGAGUCGAAAAUAACACCCUAACAUAUGAUUUCCACACUGGUAACAUUCCUCGAUUAUUGGUUUUCGUGAAUAUAUAUGGGUAAACACAGGAGUCUGCGAUCAUUUAAUGCAAAAAUACUUCCUUUCACUCAUCUCACGUCAUGGUAGACGGCUCUCUAUUGGACGUUGCCCAGUAAUCCUUGAUUGUUUUUUUCGAUAAGAACCCAAACUCCCACUUUCUCUCGAGAGCCUUUCCUUACGAAAACGCUUAUUUUGGUAGAGGAGUUGAAGAGCACGGUAUCAGAGCAUAUGAUUGAACUGCCGCCCUUUUAAGACAAGGCUAUUAUUUCCCUUCUUGAACCCAUCUUUUGCCGUCGACUAAGGGCUUUGAAUUUUCGUAUUUUCCAGAGUUCCGACCGAGUUCCGGCUUUUUGUAAAAACCCGGAAACAUAAAGUGAAUACCAACCUAUUCCGGUGGUUAUUGUUUAUAACUGUGGACAUUCGCUGAUGUUAAAAAUUUAAAACAGACAUAGACAGUAUAAUUAAUUGGUACCAGUAAAUUUCGCGACGGCUUAUCAACUGCAGCCCGUCGUUGCAUAACACAGAUAACAAGUGAGAAAGAUACAGAGCUUUGAACUUCCACUGAGAAAAUCAAUGUAAAAGAGCAGGGACAUUGUAUACUGCACGCAGACUAAUCACUAAAAUGGUUACUUGAAAACGCAACAUAGGGAAGAAAAGGGGGAAAUUAACACGCCGAGGGAUUUCGCAAAUCAAAAGGACUCAGAUCUACCAGGACAAGUUGAGGUUGACCACGUGGUCUAACUCUUUACAUAGGUCGGGCUUCUCCCGCCGUAUGUAGGCUGCCUCCAAGUAGCGUAGUAACCAAGUUGUUAGUGCUCAAACUAAUACUCAAAAAGAUGUUUUUUUGGGUCAACCGAAUAACCGCCAUCAAGGAGGUGCUCUUUAAUAGAAGACCGUACUUUCUAGUUUCCUGCUUAGGAAGCCAUCUAGGCUUCAGAAUAGCAUGACGUUUCUUUAAGUCAUGAAUGAGAGACCCACAGAGGACUGUGCUAUCGUCAAGGUUUCUGGUUUGGGAAGGUUGGAGAACCGCAAAAAUUUUCCAAGUAGUUUAUUGUGUAAAAAACAAAAAACUGCAUCCGUCAUAGCGGGUAGCUGAACCUCCUCAUUCUAUCAGUUACAAGUCAGUUGUUUUUAACUUUUCUGUAGACACUUUAUGUCCAUUUCUCGCCUAAAACAGGCUAAUAAUCAAUUAGGAUUUUGGUUCUUAUACCUAACCAUUUGAACAAUUUAGAAUCUUAUCUAGGAGAGGAGUUUUACGCCGCACAGCUUAUUUUUAGUAGCUUGUAGUUUCCUCUGAAAUUCUAGAACAAAAGCACCGACUUUUCACUCUUUGGAUAUCCACCGUGGUAGGAGCUCAAUUCUUCAAAGAAAUUAUUUUUCAAAAAAACCCUGUCCUUAGUUACUUUGUCAAAAUUUAAUGAGUGAGUUCAGUUCCCUGGCAUGAAGUAUGAGCAGCUGUCGUCAAGUCGAAUGCAUUUUCUGCGCGUUUCAGCGGCAGAUUUCAAAGAUUUAGUCAUCUUGGAGGAAAUCGAAUCCUCUCUUUUAAUCUCCUUAUUUACAGAGUGAUUAAAUUCGUGCAGCUCUAAUUUGAAACCAGUUACUUGUAUCAACUGUUUAUUCGGGCCACGUAGUGAAGAACAUUCAAGCAAAAAUUAGAUGUGUAUUUGCUUGGAAAAUACCGCUUGUUGGUGCCAAACCAACGCCUUGCAUACACUUACCGCUAAUGCGGAUGAUUGUAAUUUCAUUUUACCGAUAUCGUCUAGAAAUGAAUGUUCUCGAGUUUCGGUUCUGCAUUUUAACAGUGUAUAUAUUACUGACAACAUUUUAGUACUAUGUUUAUUUAAAGGUAGAUAUUGCAUUUACCGUUUACAAUGGGGUUUUCAAAGACAUUGCCUUUUACCCUUUAAAUAUACUGGCAUAUAUACUGACCUGAAAGGAACAGGUCGUAUGAAGGCCGCGAAUCCACUUCACCCAAUAAGACCAUCCUGCUUUGGGGUUGAGUUUAGAACUCUCGCGGACGGUAGCGCAACAACCGGUAUUGAUGUAGGAAAAAGUGUCGAAAUAGACAAAGGAAAAUUGGACGAUCACUUCUGGUUGGUUAGCCGUCGUCAACCAGCCAUUCCCAAUGUUAACGAUAAAGACCCACACUUGAACUACUUAUCAGCUUGCCUAUUUUUGCUCAAGAUUGUUGUUUCGGAUUUGGAAAUAACUUCCGCAACGUUUAUCAGGUCUCAGCAGAGCUACUGUUGGUCUGUUCCUGACACUUACAUACUUCUUUUUGAACCCUCUUCAUUAAUGAAGAAGCAUGGCUGCCCUUUUCCUUUCAUAAGCACCCGCGGUUUCUGGAAGUAUGUCUCGCCCUGGUCAUUUCGCUGUCUCUUGCUUUCACACAGAUCCUGUGAAACCCACGAUCGGCAACUCUCUUUCCUCUUGUAAAUGAUGGUGCUUAUCUAGAUAUCGGAUACAUUUUCAGACCUUCGUCAGUAUAUGAUUUCCGGCAACUUCAGUCUACCGUCCUCACAUUCAUACUCCUGCCUUCCUUCUCCAUCUUUUACUGGACGUCCUGUACUACUGGGCCAAUGAGUUCAUGGUAUCCUUAACGUACAUUUCACCAAAUGACGAUGAUAAUAUCACUGGAACGCUGCGCGAUAUUAAAACAACCUAGGACGGAAUAAUGCGGCUUACAGUGUCUCCUUCUUUGUGCUCAAGUACGUAAUUAAUUACAAUGCAGCCUCUAAACCAGUCGCUUUUUUCUGUUUCUCUUGCCAUAGAUACCGCUUGGUCUGGGAAUAGCUACGGGAAUUCGCGUCGGUCAGGCACUGGGGGCCGGAAAUAACCUGAGACCUAAGGUGACAAUGACAGCGGCACUGCUAUCUAUGUGUAAGUGCGACUUUUGUUUUUCGUAGCCACAGUCCCAUUCAAAAUGCUGAUAUUCUCCCACUUAUUUUAAAACCAUAACUUCACAUACUGACAGAGAAUAAUGUUGCCCACGUCGCUGAGGUCGAAUUCAUUUUCCUUCGGGAGUUUGACAGGAUUACACAUCACCUUGGUCUUGGAAUAUAAGAUUAGAAGCCGUUCAUUGGGAUAUUAAACAAACGUUAGAAGGAAUUCAAUUGUUUCCACACACACACACAUACACACACACACACACACACAAAGCGACUCUGUUUGUUGUUUGGGGUUUAAAGUAAAAAUCAUUAUCAUUGCACAAAAAGAGCUCCUCAGUUUCCGGGGGCACGGUUGUGACCUGGGUGUUGUGCGACGCUUGAGUCGCAUCUUCUACACUCACUCCUCCAUUACCCGUCGAGAUCCAGUGGCAUGACCUCAGCCGGGCGGGCACAGCUGGGGACCGCAUUCGUGCCAGUCUAGCAGCAAUAGCAACUAGGCUGGAAUAACUUUGAAGUUCCAUCACUGGCAGCUGAUAUAAGAGUACGCUAAGUAGGAUCCAUUGCAGCCAUCCUAACCGCAGCUUUUAGCAUGAUUUUAAAGCCCAGAAGCGCCUCUGGUUUGUCAAAUUUAGCGCGGCGAUUGAAUAUGAAGCCACUGCCUUUUAUUACUGUAUACAUACAUACAUAUUUGACGUACCUAUGCGUGUUAUAUUCGGGUUACCAAUAGAAGUAAAGAAACGAGUCCCAGGAAGUAGUCUUGAAGAAGGAGACACGAUUGCUAGGGCAAGGGCUUUAUUAACUUGACGUUUCGGAUUCCUGCUCGAAUCCGUCAUCAGAGCCAAAAGCAGAUAAGGUGGUUCAUUCACAUGCGGCUGCAGUAUUUAUGGGAUGCAGCCGCAAUGCUACCGCUUACCUAUGAACAUUCACUGCUCCCCCCUUCAUCAGGGAUCUGUGCACUUGGUGUGCUUAUUGUUUGAUGGCCGACAUUUGCGUCGUUAACUGAUGCAAUUUCAUGAUGUGCGUUGUAUGUUGGUGUGAUGAUUGCUCGACCAUCUGACCCACCGACCCUGGAGUGGGGAGCAGUGUUCACUUGUGCGCUCCCCGCGUGGCUUAUUACUCGGGUUACGGUUGCGGUUAAACUUGCGGUUAGGGUUAGGUUUGUCUGUUGCGUGCCAUUUUACCCCAAACCAAUACCCACGGAUUUCAGCUCCCCGCCCGUUCACCCGCGCUUAAUUCGCAUUUUCCAGAUUGGCCGUUUGUUCCGCCACCUUGUUGGAGUGAUGAAACAAACAAAUGGCAAAAAUAUGGAUUUUCUCAAUGCCUUCGGGAGAUUAUGUAACUUAUCCCCUCAUCUGCCCCACUCAUAAAACCACUAUUAACACCCUCCUCGUAAUACAGGAGUACCUGUGAUCCAUUUCCACGGUAGGGCUACGUAUUCAAUUCUUCAGAAGUUUAACAAGUGGGGGCCUUAAUUAGCAGGGCUAUCUCUUUCCUCUUCCAACCAAAGACGAGUCGGGGUUAGUCCAAGGGGAGGUCAAAGCGGAUGCAGUAGCCGUGGCAUCACUCGCUAGACAGGCGUUUGUUCUCUAUUAUGGAUCCAAAUCACCAGCAAGCAACCCCGGGGGACCAGUCACUGAUUGGUGCACACGCAGUGAGCGCAAGCACAGGAAUUGGCAGACAACUCACAUUAAGCAGCCGUCCACACUGCACCAAGUCUGGAGAGGUAACAGAGCAAAUUCUCCGGCAAUAUGACACCCGUGUGUCUUAGGAAACGUUAGUUAAAAGUCCGAAAUGAUUUAGAUUAUGAAGAGUUGCUUAGGCGUGGCUGUAGAAUUGAUUAUAAUGUAACAUAAUUCUAUGGUAUUCUAGCCAGGCCAUAAUGCGAAUUUUGAGUGCGUUCCAUUCUGAUCGCGUUUCAGAACCACGCUGAUUAAAAUACCUACUUCAAUAGAAGGCAUCUAUCUAUUGAUGUUGGGUACCUUUGUAAAUCUAAAGUUACCUUAUGUAAGGCAUGCAAAAACCUUUUUUACCUAUUUUGUAGUUACAUAAUUACGACCCUUCCAUUAGUGCUGUGCAUGAAGCAUACAAUUUGUGCAUGUCCAUUGAGAAAUUCUAGGAAGCCUAUACGGUAUCGUCUUAAUUCCGUAGAGGAAUGCUUGAUCUCUCUCAAACUGAAGGUGUGUAACUUGUAGUUUCGAAACCCUAAAUGCAAGUUGAAUGCCAGGCUGGGUUAAAAACAAUUCGGAAUUGUAAAACCUUUUUGAAACCGGAAGCUAUUAUUUCUUCGAGUAAAAAGUUUGAAGAAUAACUUAUUUCCUAGAAAACGAUAUGAUUCGGGAUGACUUUGUCUACGCUUUCUAAGAAAAUAUAUUGGCUUUAUAAAAGCAUCAAAAUCAAUGAAAAAACUCACUCUACAUGAGGAGUCUAUUUUUUACUGAGAGUUUUGUUUUUCAUAAGUUUGCAAGACGCGCAUUCAAAAGCCGGUAUCGCGGUCUGUAUGUAAUAUUUUUGAAUGAUUUGGGAUGACAAUCAAUAUUACGACCCCAUCAAGGUACAGUAGGUGGACUAACUCAUGAAAUGUCAACCGAAAUUUCGAAAUGAGUUCUCGUUUAGAAAAGAUUAAUUAAGUAGGUUUGUAAAAUUACAAUCUCGCAGAUUAAUUCUGUAAUGAUCUAGUUACCUCAAGGCGUCGGCUUUCGAAUGAACUUAUUUUCGACUCUAUGCAAGAACAAUGAUCUGAAAAAAAUGACUGCUUAAGUAGCAUGCAAUUUUCUCAUUGAUUUUCGAUGUCCUUGAAGAUUCACCUAUAUUUUAUGGAAAACAUGAGCAAAACUGUUCAUUCUUAUUCGGUAGAAAAUGACGUCUUGUUUCAAUUUUUCACUCAAUAGAAGUGUAUACUUCGGUUUUAGAAAAGUUUCUAAUUGCGAAAUUUUCAAUACCGUGAAAUGGCCGUUCAUAAAAAGUGAUGCCUCUGAAUUUACCAAUGUGGCUUAUAAAGUUAACAAUAUUGCUCAAAUCCACUGCUUACUUUUAUGAACCCCACGUGGUUUCCUCUGAAUACCGUGGGGAAAUGCAUGGUUUUUCGUACACGGAAACUAUGCGGCUUGUAGUUUUGAAACCCUGAAUACAAAUGUAACAGCAGGUCGGGUUCGAAGUUAUUCAGGAAUUAGAAAAGUUUUUUUUUAAAACCGAAUUAUACUCUUCUUUCAAGUAUGAAUUUGGAAAAAAGACGUCAUUUUCUACCGACUGAGGAAGAGGAUGAAUAUUUUUAUGCAUGUUUUCCCUGAAAUAUAAUUGAAUUUUCAAGGGCAUCAAAAAUCAAUGAGACAAUUGCAGGCUUCUUAAGCAGUCAUUUUUUGCAGAUCAUUGUUCUUGCAUGCAGUCGAAAAUAAGUUCAUUCAAAAGCCGACGCCCUGAGGUAACUGGAUUAUCAUAGAAUUAAGUUGCGAGACGAUAAAUUUCACAACCCUACCUAAUUAAUCUUUUUUAAACGAGAACGCAUUUCUAAAUUUCGGUUGAAAUUGCCUGAGUUAGCCCACCUACUGUACUUUUUCCUUUCCUACAUCACAUUUCAAAGUUUCAGUUAACGUUUCAUGGGCACUACUGACUGAAGGAUGUAGAAUGCUAGCUCACCGCCUGUGGAAAGAUGAGCAUGAUUUACGCAACCAUUUAUGAUGGCAACUGCGUCGACACACUCAAAAGUGCCGGCAGACGACAUGCAGUUAGUCCCUACCCAGCUGAAGUCUUCAACUUCAUCACUUUCAAACCUUUUCGACCUCCUUCCCUCCAAAAAACGAUGGCGAGUUAAUCCAUGUGACUCCCGACCAGCCAGUUACUGUCUCAUUUUCUCGACUGUCUGCGCAUGUUCCGCCAUCCACAUACGUUCGACCCGUUUUGUCAUCUUGCUUGCUAGUCCUGCAAGCGCAGCAGAUAUAACAAGUAACUCCUGAAAUGUACUUUUUACACGUGCUGUAUAGGGUCGAUUUGCCCCCCUAACGGGUCAUGUGAUAAAUGCGUUGGGCCAGCACAGGUGCCAUGUCGGAUCCUGACAGGCGUUAUCGAUUUUGUGCACCGUAACAAAUGCCAACAUUUCGGGGUGCGGUGGCGGAACCGGUGGCCGACGUACGUCGCGCACGCUGGCACCCUGCCUCACCUCAUUGCUGUUGUUAAUCAAAGACCUGAUUAGUUGCUGUGUGGAUCAGGCGGUGUGGAGUGGUACGCCAAGGUACGGGUUCGGCCAUGCCAUCCACCUGUGCCCUCCCCCGCCUCCGCUCUUUUUGACCCGCUGUCUUGGCCAAGUAGGAGGAGGAGGGGGUGCGGUAGAUGCUGUGCAAGUCUACUGUCACUAUAAACUAAAUUUUCGCACAAGUCACCGUCUCUGCUCUCACUCUGCUGUGGAGUACACGGUGGACAUCGUCGAAACCGAUAGCCAAACGAUUGUGCAGUAUCAAACAAUUAGCUUCACAUGGGUUAAAACCAUGUUCACUGCUGGGAGCGAACAAACCUUCAAAAAUAACAGUCGCCAGCAUAUGAACGCUAAGCAUAUAAACCAAAUUUCCUACUUUUCCUGCAUUUUUUGAGCACUAUGUUUCCAAUGAAGAUUACUUAAAUCCUUUCAUCAUGUGGUCCAUGGUGGACUGACAGUGCCCCUCAAUGAAGGAAUUCCCUCAUUUUCACUCUGUAUCUAGACUUUACUCUCAGUGGAUCCCCUGCGUUAGCUUCUGCCCGACUCGCUGUAAAUAAAUCCUAAGGUACUUUCCUUAACCGACGGAAUAAGCCGCACGGUGUUCAGUGAGUCCAGUCAUUAAUACCACGGACAGUAAAUGCCCAAGUUGUCACCUUGUAUUUGCCCGUACCGCCAUAUCUGCACACAUAGCUAGUCGUUGUAUGACGUUCGGCGAGGGUCCCAAAGCAUUGCGGGACGAACAUGUCCCGUGACCCGAUUGGUCAACGCCCCUCCAUAGUUUUUUGGGGAACCAAUGGAAGUUUCUUUUAAUCGAUUCAUCCUAUAAACUGUUUGGCCUUUACUAUCUGCGAGCGUUAUAGAGAGGUUUGUUUCAUAAAUGCAGGUAGUAAAGCCGGAACUUCAGACUGCCAAGUCACUGUUUCAAAUUUUUUCAAACGUUUUAGUCGUGUGUAUCACUUUCGCGGCUAUCAUCCUCGUGACACUGGGACGCCAACUCUGUCAGAUCUUCAGCAAAGACGAGUAAGUGACCGCAUUUGUCAGUAAGGUGACGGUGUGCGCACUGUCUGUCAUUAACUCUACUCAUGUUUUCUUCGAGGUAAUUUGUUUAGGAUUUUGUGUUCUUACAAAGAAUAGCUUCCGCCUUCCUGGCCUUUUGGUAGAAAAGCGCAUUGCAAUGAUAAUAGAGACAUGAGCUUUACUCAUGCGCCGUGUACUUCUGCUAAUAGCUUGCUCCGUCAUGAAGAGUUGACUUCCUGGUUAUAUAAGUUUUUUUUGUAACUGUCGUCUGUCCAGCCGCAAAGCGAGGAGUGGAUACGGGGAAAAUUCCCACGUUGCAUGCCUUGUGAGUCAACACUCCGUCGGGGGAAGCUGAUUGAACCUUUGUCGGGCGGUUUGUCUGGCGGUUCUUGUUCUCUCUCACCGAGUAAGCUCACCAUCAGGCUAUCUCUGUACGGCCUUCUUAAGUCCAGUGUGGUUGUUUGGUCCUGAGGUUUACGAUUGUGAGUAUGCCCUAGUUCUCCAAUGUGUGUUGCUAGUUGAGAGUUAGGAUCUGACCUCCGAGUGGCCGAUUCGUGUUCUUGUAGGCGACUUUGCAAGUUCCGCCAGGUUUCGCCCACAUAUUUGCGGUCGCUCUCAUUGCAAUUUAUUUUGUAGAUGACUGCUGAGGUUUCAGCGGGUGGCAAUGGAUCCUUAGGUUGCAUCAGACGGCGUCGAACUGUUGCCUGGGGUCGAUGGGCUAUUCCUACUCUGGUAGGUUGUAACAGUCGCGAGACCGCUUCAGAGGCCCCUUUAACGUAAGGCAUGUCCCUCGAGACUUCGGGUUGCUGCUCAUUAGGCCAUUUCCUGUGCGCCCGACGUCGGCUUCUCUCGUUGAAAUGUCUGAGAUAAUCGUUGGCUGCAAAUAGGUUUACAAGGUACAAUCGUUCGGAUCUUUUAUCUCCUGGCGUGUUGCAAUGUGUUUCGACUCUUUGGAAUAGAGUACGGACACAACUACGUUUGUGAGACAGAAGAGGGUUGCUUUUGAAGUGUAGGAUGUGUCUCGUGUUGGUGGAUUUUCGAAAUACUGUAGUUUGCAGCUGUCCAGUUGCACACCGGCGCACAAGUACGUCAAGGAAGGGGAGUUGGUCGUUUGUUUAUGCUUCCAUCGUAAAUUGAAUAUCCGGGUCAACCAAGCUCAGUAGUUCCUUUAGGUGCUCAAUGCCAGUUGUUUUGACAACGAAGAAGGUGUCAUCGACAUCGCGAACCCAGAACUUUGGUCGAUGCUUGAAACUUCAGCAUUCAAAUAAACCUGUUCUGGAGGACCCUUCUUCUUCUUCUUCUUCUUCUUCUUCUUCUUCUUCUUCUUCUUCUUCUUCUUCUUCUUCUUCUUCUUCUUCUUCUUCUUCAAAUAACCAACCCGGCUCUCUCAACUUUGCCAAUCUGAAUAUGUUUUAUUCUGUCUUUAUUUCAGAAAUGUCAUCAUGGAGGCUUUGAAAAUCUUCCCCCUGUUGGCUGUCUUUAUCUAUCUAGAUGCAACAAUGGUAAGUGCGAGUCCAUCAUACCCAAAGCUCUUUGCGUGGCCUUACAUACAACUUUAAGCGGCAGGCAUACAGAUUUCUCACUGCGAAAACUUGCAUAGCCUCAGGCGAGGAGAGAAACCUGUUCUGCCAGAAAACUACCAUCUCCGUGGACUUUCGAAUUGAAACUACGAGCUGCGUCCUUCGGCUGCGGUUGACUCGUCUCCAUAUGUGCGAUAGAUUAGUACUCACAGAGCCUCUGACUUGCGAUAUGCGUCCAGUACAUUCUGGACCUAGGCCAAAGCGAGCCAGCCCUACGAAUCAAAUAUUCUGUGUUCUUAACACAACUGGAAACGAUGGUGUCCAUAACACCUGAAAUGUGCUUGGCGGUCGGUGGCUCGAUUCUGCCUGAGACGAGUAUUUUAGCCGGCGUAUUUAUCUAUGUCCAAGAAUACUAAAAUUACUACUAAGUUGAUUUGUAGAUUAUAACAAGUUUAGUCCUGUAAACGACCUUUUGAAUAGUGUAUUCCGCGCCAGCAGCAUAUUCUGUAGUGAUGCUUUGAGACGUUUUUACAAGAACCCUUACUUAUUAGGAGUGAAUGCCUGAUUAAUAAUAGGAAGAACCUUCAUUCAAAACCCCUCAUUUAAAAGAAGACGAAGGCACGAUCACUGGGACGGUAGAUUUGUUGGCCUUAGUUUUCGAACUCGAACUGGAGUUCAUCAUCAGAGACUGCUAAUGCAGCAACGUGUGAACAUUUAUUUCGUUGUUCCGUGAGGGGGGGACUACGUCCGUUGCUGGUCCACAAUGGUCCCCGGCGUGGUGACGCCGCAUGCACUUUGCGGCGAUGUGAGCUGCGCCACCUGGCUGCGUGGGCGGAGUGCGUGAUAACACGCAGGCAAAUUAAUGUGUCUAUUGUUAGAGUUGGUGUCCGACACCCACGACUCCAACAUUUCUCGCCCCGUCUUGUUGCCGGCUCGUGCGAAUAUCCGCGUGUUGACGAGUUCGAACUCAUGGCCUUCCUCCAGCGUGUGAGUGGCGACUUGAGAUAGUGGGUCACCUCUCCGAACGGCCCGUUGUGCUCAAGUAUUCGUGAGCUGAGACAUCGUCCUGUUUGGCCUGUUUAGUGGCAAGGACAGUUUUGGCACGGGAUUUGAUAAACUGCGCCCCACUGUUCACCUGCGUCCAGCCGAUCCUUCAUUCCCAUGAUCCUGCUACGCAUGGUAGCCGCCGGAUAAUGAGCGAUGCCCACGCCUAACUCUGACGCAAUGCGUUCUGUAGCCUCGAACACAUUCUUUAUGUAGGGUAGGGAGUGCCAAAUUGUUGGUAUCUCUCUUCCGUUUGUCCGUCAUGGGUGCGAUGUUUGCAAAACACUUUUGGCAACUACAGUAUCUGACUAGACAAACAGAAAUCAGCAAAAACCCAUACCUAUCUGUUUUUUUUCAACGUGAAGAAUAAGCCUACCUUCUUGGCAAGGCAGGUUUGUUGUCGGAAGUCGUACGACGUUUGAGCAAAGACGCAGGCCCUUGUAAAACCUUUCCACACUUUUUCUAAAAGACUCUGGCAUAUCCAAAUUCUCGCGUUGGUCUGUAAGGUCGUUUUUUGUCUGAGGGAAAGCCUCUAAAAUGCUGAAACCUACUUUAAGUAGUCUAAUUUAUUAUGAUAACUAUUACGUUUGUUUUGUUAGGGUGUCCUCACGGGAGUUUUGCGUGGAUCCGGUAUGCAGAAGAUCGGUGCCAUCGUGAUUCUGGUUGCCUUCUAUGUGGUCGGUGCUCCAAUUGGAUUCAGUCUUCUCCUCAAAACACACCUGAAGUUAAUUGGCAAGUUCAAGCUAUGUGUCAAGCCCACUGUUGUGCUCCUAGUAGCUAGAAAGGGAAGUAGUGUUUCAAAUUUAUUACAACUUCUCUUUCGAGAGGGAGAAAGGACUCACCGGAAUCGUGUUUAUUGCACUGCUGGCGUUUCGGAGGGCUCACUCGUCAUGUUAUUUUUGAGGCGUUAAAUGCUCAGAAUAGAACGGACGUUCAAAUGACUCGUCGAGCUGGUCUGCCUCGAGAUAAUCGAUUCUUUCGUAGUUUCGCUGCCUCUAUCGGUCAGAUGUGGUUAGGUAGCCCCACCUGAAGUGAACAAACCCCGGCCACCUGUAAUAUGGGACCGGUGGUAAUAGGGGGGUUUUAAAGGUGGGGAUGGUGAACGCACAGGCGAUGAGGUCAAGUAGUUGUAUGCAAAAGAAAUGAUGUUGGGAAUGCGCGGUUAUACUUUGAGUGGUUGAGAAAUGGUUGUCCUAACCCCUAAUCCUAUCCCCUAGCUCUAACCCCUAACCCUAACCGUAACUUUAACCCUUAAACGUAACCUCUAACCCUAACCUCAACCCUAACAGUAUUGGAUCAAUCAGGUGGGGCUAGAUAAUCACAUCCUACCCCUCUGUCGUUUGGGUGGUUCUUGGUGGGCUUCGAGGGCUUACUCGUCUUGCCAUUGUUGAAGCUUUAAAUGCAAAGAAUCGAGCAGACAUCCAAAUGACUUGCUGAGCUAGUCUGCCACAAGGUAAUCAAUUCUAUUGUAUUUUCGCUAUCCGUGUCGUUUGGGUGAUGCUUGGUGGGCUUGACAACUGAUUACGUUAUGAGUCAUCUUCUCCAGGGUGGUAGCUAGGCCUCUGCGGUGGUUGGUUGAUCUGGAGGGAAAAACUGGAACGUUAAGCAACGACUAGGCUGAUCAGCCGUUCACCAAUUUUUGCUCGCCACCGCCGCCGCCACCACCACGAACCGGAAACCGAACCUGCAUUUUACCAACAGGGCCGAUAGCUCGUGCUUUGAAAAACCUGACAGGUCUUUUUAUAGGAACUUUAAAGACAAUGGCCUGGGUGAAAAUGCGUUUGCUGGUAGUAGUCAAUGCGAUUAGGCAGUAAAGUUGUUUUCCAAUCCUUAAGUCUAAGAACGGCCAAGGCAACUACAAUACUCAUGCCAUUCUCAUAAAACGGCUCAGCGGACUUCCGAUCUGUGAUGCUUUCCUGCUAAUUUUCAUAGAAAGAUUCGGCAAAGUUGAUACAUUGCUUACCCGGAACAAAUUUAAACAAGGCAAAGGCGACAAAAUGUGCAGAAUUUGAUGCUUAUAAAACUUCGACACCUCUUUUCAACUUUGCGCGAUCAUUGUUUAUUAAAAGUAUAAACUGUUCAAAUAGAAAACGACCGGGGGGGAGAUAAAGACGGAUUAAUGAUCUGACAUACUGGUGGGCAUGGUGCGAGAGGGGAGGGGGAGGUUACUUAGGGGAGCGAGUUCUAGUCAUGUUAGCCAGUCAUUUGGGGAGGGGGGGGGGAACGGAGGAGGAAAUAGGCUUAUUUCCGUCGUCGGCUAUUACAGUGGCAGAGCGAGGUGCAUCACAUGAUCUGACCGCUCACACAGCUCUGGCUUUCUCCUCCGUAUCGCACCGACUUCUAAAAAGCGUAAGAGACUCUCAGUAGUAGCCCGAAGGGGACGUCUAAAUGCGGUCAUUGGGUCCACCGCGGGGCGAAUGUCCGCCAGGUGUUACGGUAUUGAACUUCCGGGUACCUGCUGUUCACUCUUAGGUAGGAUCCUUUUUGGUAGCCCUCCCGGUACUGAAAUCGCCCGGCUCCCUAUCUUACGGGACCGGUGGUAAUGGGGCAUAUACGGGUGGGGCACUUGUGUGCAGGCGUCAAUGACGUUUAUAAUGUAUGCCCCGAAUUGAUGCCCCUGCUAAAGUCGUAGCCAAAUUUAAAUAUGGCGAAAAAUGAAAGAAAUAAAAACGAACGUGGAUACUGAGUACGGUCUGCGGAAUGAAUGCAUCCUAGCUCCAGAUUGGGUUGGGCGUUCCUGAUUUUCCGAAAAUAAUAAUUUAUUGCCACUAAGGUCACAUGUAUGUUAGAAACUGAAGCAGUAGUUGUGUGCUAGACGCGAAUGUUGUAGUAAGCAAUGUGUAGAGCAAUUAGCCGGGAGGGCUACCAACAGGGAUCCUACCCAGUCUUAAUCACGCUUGACGAGGUUUCGCUGCAACCCAUAUUCGCUAACCAAUACAACUUCCUUCACCCCCCUUCACACUAUGCCCGACCGCCAUGUCAGAUCAACAUUCCCUGUUUUUAUUUACCUAUCAAGUUUGAUCCCCUUAACCCAUUUCUCAAUUGAAAGGUUAAGCCUAUUAAUAUGCAGGGGGUCAAGAAAUUUUAUGGCAUUAUUAACUUCUGCAUAUUUCGUCGCCUUUGGCUUGUACAAAGUUACUAUUGUUACUUUGCCUCGGCAAGCCAUGACGGCAGACAAAACGUCUGCGAAUGCUGACGGCUGUCGAAGAUCACGCCGCUUUACCGGCCAGGCUGAAAUUUGAUUUAAAUGCAGCAAGAACCGUGGACGCUGUGUCACCAGCGAAAUCCGUCAGUGUCCUCCGUAGUAGCACCAAUGAACUUCGCAAGGUACGGCAGCGAUUCUGUCAUUACCGAAUGAGGUUUGUUUGUCUUUGAAACGUCAUGAUCAGCAGGUGUUCCCUGAGAGAGCCCCAAGGCAGAACGGGAUGAGCGAGUUCCGUGACGCGAUCGGCUAACGCCCUUCUAUCAUUGGGAUAACUCUUCUGAAUUAUGGCACAGGACGUUCCGUGUUGCCCCAGCCAAGAAUGAAUACCAAUCGCAACAGCUGUAACGUUAACUUUCUGAAGAAACUAUUUCGACUUAAGAACGAAUACCAUGGAAAUUCGAAUUGACCGCACAAUAAGCCGUAGGUGUUAUACUAUCGUGUGCGCGUAGUCACUCUGAAAAAAAAACAUUUUAAUAAUACUUUGCCCCAUAAUUAUGACCCCCAUCAAAAUUCUUAAUGUUUUUGCAUGGUGUUUCAUUUCAGGAAUGUGGAUAGGCUAUUUCAUCGGCAUUUGUAUCAAUUCUGGGGCUUACAUAUACAUCUGUCUUAAAAUCGACUGGGAGAAGCAGGUCGAGUUGGUGAGUUUGCAUACUAGUUAGCAUGCAUUUAUAUGUAAAUCAAGAGUGAUGACGAAAGAGUGUGGAUGGACUGAAGCGCCACUGUUUCGGGAUUAUUCUGUCCCGAAUCAGCCAAUCAUAACCCUGAUUACCAGCUGGAAACAGACACGACAUUUCUACCGUUGUUUCCGACAACGUCCACCGUGCGCCCAACAACAGAGUGGGUGCAGCGACGGUGACUUGCAUGUGGGCUAGUUUAUAAUGAUAGUAGACUUGCGCUGCAUCUACCACACCUCUCAUUCCACUGCCCGCCUGGAUCAGGUGUUAAGACAGAGGCAGGAAGACCGCGGGGGCGGCAUCGAGGGCAGGCGGCUGGCGCGGCGUGAGCCCGUGCCUAGGCGCACCACCGCACUCCCAUGUAUGACAUUUUUUAAGAGUUCGCAGCCUGAUAAAGCGCGCCGGACCGAAAUCUGUCCCCGGCUAGAUGCAGCGCAUCCACCGUGUGGCCACCGUGUAGGAAACACCAGAACCAGAAACACAAAUAUGCUCACGCACAGAGCGCAAACGGGGUUUAUCAGGUGGCUCAAAAACGCUUCAUCUGCCCGGAUCUCAUCCGUGUACGUCAUCCAACAUUCUCUGGGAUUGCAUUAGGGGUAGUUGUUCAUGUAGAAACGGGUGUAAACCAAUCCACCGGUUUCUGAAGCAAAAUACACUCUCAACUACUCAGCAUUCGACGUAUUUAUUGAAGAACCAAAGUAACCCUAUCCAGUGGCCACAACCUCUUAUGAAUAGGCGACUGCGCGCUGAUCACCGUGAUGAUAGUGGGCAUGUAUUGAAGCAUAAAGCGGUAUUUUUAUAAAAAAACGUUGCCAAGAUCGCAGUCUUUUCCAAUUAGGAGUUAAGUGAGUCCCAAAUCCGGAAGUGUUGACUGACCUGCCCAAUAGUACUUUUCCGCCAGCCGAAGACAUGCGCAUGUCUCAACUGACUGAUAAAGCUUACUGCCAAGCGAAAAUGUUUAAGCUCAGAAAAGUUAAUUAGCAGAAGGAUGAGUAUAUGCUUGCGAACCAUCCAGCCAAGCUAAAUGGCCCGCCACGACUCCUUAGAAGAUUCAAAAUGCUCUAGUGAGGCACGUGAGAAUGGAUUCAUCAGCUUAAUUGGGUCGCGUAGGAGUCCCCACAAGCAGGCCUUCUAUAGUCCCCUAUUUUGCUAUCCAGCCUCUGUGAUGAGAUCCAGGCUGACCGUUACAGAACAUCCAUAAGUCUGUGAUUUUUACGACACAAGCAUUCACUUGUAUGUCCUUAGGCCAGCAGAACUAAAAAUGGUGCUCUUCAUACAUCUCGGUUUGUGAUAUAUUUAUUUAAUUGGAGCCUGAAACCAAACCAAUUGAAAACAUGUGCGGACGAGUAAAUUUUCUUCACAUCACUCCCCAUUGCUCUUAGGCUGCAGCAAGAACGCGAAUGCCUGAAGUGGAACACCUGACGCAAGAGAAGGGUACGCCGAAAAUUUUCUAUCCACCCCAUCCCGCCGUUUGUUUUCCAUUUUGAAGACACAGGCUUAUUCACUUACUCUUUAAUGAUAGUAACUCUAACAAACACGUUUUGCAAAUUCUCGGCUUUGCUUUGCUGGCAUCUACCCUGCAAUUAGGGUCGUUACCGGUGGCAAGCCAGUCUUUCGUCGUUGCGUCUAAGACUAACUUUCUACUGAUACGCGGUCAGUAGUAUGUUUUACUAUCCAUACUUUAGUAUCCUGGCGGUGCAUCGCGCUGAAGAGAGCCAUUUUCACCCUGACACUGGUGACAUGCACAGUAAUCGGACUCAUCAUCAAGUUGGCACCUCCCUGGGCUGAAGUGUUCGGUGACUUUUGUGUCUUCAGUAACGGAACCUCCUUACCAUUCGCCCGAUCGGAUCAAGCAGCGUUGGUAACCUUCGCAUCAGCCAACGGCUGCAAAAUUAUCAAAACUUGA